GCGGCGGCGGCGGCGGCGGCGUCGACAACAAGAAUAUCGGUGUAUUUUCGGUCGCCGCCGCAGUAGCGUAGUAACGGCGCGAGCGCACAGUCGACCAGACCCACCGUCGUCAGUAUCUCGCUUGAUAAUAUCAUUGCCAUCGUAUCGUAUCGCGUCCCGUCCGGCGCAGAACCGCACGACAACAUCGUUUGUUUUUUUUUUUUUUGUUUUUUUGUUUUUAGCGAUUUGUUUUGUUUUUCUAUUCGGUGUAUUCGUCCGGUCGUUCCCGCGUGAUUUCCGUUCGAAAUAACCGACCGUUCGUCACGCCGCGCGCGAGACGUUUUUCGAGACCGGCGCGGGACUCGGAUAUACGAAAUCGUACGGCGAUGACGCCCGCGAUCGCGGAGUGCCGCGAGUUAUUCGUCUGACCGAAUCUGUAAGUCUUGUAAGCCCGAGCGUACUUCGUAACAAAGCUCCGCGGUAUUUCCGAAAAAGAUCGCCCCUGCAGGUGAGAUAGUACUUAUGAUAUUAUAUAUUAUUAUAAGAAAAAAACAAAACGACAGUCUGCGUCUCUCUCUGCUGGACUCUCGCAGAAAAUCCCGGAAUUAUUAUUUCCUUCGCAAAACGCUCGGUUAUAAACCGCCCCUCGGUGGGUUUGCAAGGUCCCUUCACAAGACAACAUAUAGUUGAACAAUAGUGUAACGUGUGAUUUACUGUUUUAAAAUUAUAAUAUUGCAAUGAGUGUGCAACGACUGCAACGUCGCGUUUCUUAUUCGCCCAGAAAGUCGACAAUAAUAUGUGAACAUAGUGACGUAGUGAGAAAAAAUCUGUCGGGGGUAGACGGGAGCAAUGAUUUUUUGUACCAUCUUGUUCGCUGAAAAAAAAGUCAAUUAUCCGUAUAGAUCAACAAAACGAUUCAAAAAUCGUAUGCACCUAAUUAUAUAUGUUUUAAUGGUGCAGUAAACUGCAUUUGAAUUCACGAUUAUUUAUUUAGAUAUACCCGACAAAAACCCAUUUGUUCUUUUCAACCACCUAUAAAAAUUAGUUGUCAGAGACAUUUCGGGAAGGGAAGAAAUUACCACCCCAUAUUCCGUGGUUCAAAAAAUAAAAAAUAAAAAUAGAUUUACUUUUCGCCUUUUCGCCUGAUAUUCGUGUUACCGAAUCGGGCACGUCAAAAACUUGCACCGGUGCAGUUCUACAUUAUAUUAUACAUAGUAGGUAAUCGUCAAAUCGAAAAUGCCAUUAAAGAUCCCGAGAGCACAUCACCGACGAAGACGAACGUAUGAUAUAAUAUUCGGUUCUUCUUCUUCCGACCGGAGGACUGCACUGCACACAUGCGUGCGGGGUCGGUCGCGCACCAUCUGGUUUUUUGUUUUUUCAAAACGGUCCAAAAUGUGCACCACGUCAACCCUGUAGAGUUGGGCUAUACGACGACAGAAAAACACAUUUCAAAACGUAUACAAUAUGAAUCGUAAUACAAUAACAGAACCUCAUAUUAUUAUAGAAAUGCGGUGGAAUAUGUAUAACAUACUCGGAUUGCGUGAACAAUAAAAUAAUAUUACGCUUCAUGCAGUAUAUUUUAGUAGUAAUGAUUAUGGGUUAUUAUAUGAAAUACACUGUACCCUCGAGUGGUAUAAUCCUAAAUCCAAUUCGAAAACAAUCAAAAACUUCAUUUCGUCAAUGUAUAAAUGCUUUAUGGUUUUAGUGUGGGCGUGUUCCGUGCCUUUUUUGUUUUUUUUGUUUUAGCUUUAUUUUCAUAACCAGUAUAGAAUCGUGUAGAAUCCGUUAAUAGUUAUACAUGAUUAUUAUGCACAUAAAACGGUGAUCAGGGCCAGGGAACGCACACGCCCUUUAAUCCGGGGUUGAACAUUGAUCAAUUUUGGUUGUAUACUGUUCAAACUAAAAAUUCGUUCGUAUUUUAAGUGACUGAUCUACGUUUGUUUUCACAGAAAAUAAUAUAAUGUGUACAACUGAAAUAUAUGUAAAAAAAAGAAAAAUACACUACGGUAUAGGGUGAUUGUAAAAAAUUGUCAGGAAAGUGGAAAGUAUACAGUAUAGUUUAUUAUUGUUGACACGAAUAAAUUAUAUAAUAUAUAAUAUAAAUUUUUUUUUUUGUCAAUUACUACUAAAACACCGAUGAUCACGAAUACCGCAUAUAAAUGUGCAAUCGAAUCGAAAUAUUAUUAAGUCAUUUAGAAAUGUCGAGUUUUGUUUUUUUGUUGACGGUGAAAACAUAUACAUUUAUAUAUUAUGUGUAUUUCUGUACAAUUAUUCAAAAAAGUUGUUGGAUUUGUCAGAUUAACGCGUAAGUAUAAAUCUUUUUGUAUUAUACACGAAUAAUCAAAUUAACUGAUUCGUGUAAUACUUGAAUCAGUGGCGCAGUCAUGAGGAAGAGAAGGCGCCUCCCCACAAAAAUGUCUCCGAUAACUACUUAAAAAAAAAUAAUAUACAUAACGAUAUGUUUGAAAAGUAUUCAAUAUCAUAUUAUUCAUUUUUUGAUAAUGCAUUAUUGAGUGAUUAAUGGAAUAUUGACUUUAUGUUUGCGAGCGAGUAUUUGGUAUGUGUGGUCGAAAGGAAUGCAAAAUUGAAAACAAACCCUUGGACAUAUUUUCUAGCUUCGGUGACUCACCUGCACAGUGUGCGUCCACGCUAUGUCUUAUAUCGUGUACGUUUAAAGGUGUACUCUUGUCGUCGCCCGUCCUUAUUAUCUUUACAACGAAUAUCUCUCUUAUUUUCCAAUCAAGAUCGUCCCUUUUCCAUACCGUCGAUGUAGUCUUGCGAUUUCUCGUAUAACUAUUUACUACUGAACUACAUACGACACCGGUGGUUUUAUAAUCCACAAUAAAAUUCGAUUUUUUAUUCGGUUUUAUACUGCGCACGUUAUCUAAUAUUUAUUAUUUAAUCGCGCAGUAUUAAUUGUCGAGUCAAAUAUUAUUGCAUACAUGUUUCAAAAACCUAUUUUUAUGGUACACAAUGGUAUAAAAACGAGUAAAUGAAAAGAAAAAAAAACGGUAAUUUACUCUUUAGUACGUAUAGAUUGACAAAAAGUUACGACUUUUUAUUAUAUUGUUGUGCAUACAUUAUCCGUAUACUCGAUUAUAUUACACUCGCCGGCGCUGAAAACCCGAAAUCGAGCUAUAAUAAUAUUGCAUGUUUUAUAUUAUGCUGUCGUAUUCUAGACGUUGUACCUCAUAAAGAUUUCCGUUGAAAAUACACCGUCAAACACGUAAAAUCUAAACCAAAGCGUAAUUUCUCCGCGAUUCACCCGGAUAGGUACUAUUUCAGAUACCGUUUUGCGGUGGAAACCAGCAGUAAUAUUAUAUUGUAUUUCAAGUUAAUAUAAUACAUUAUAUGUAGAUAAAACUCAAAAAGUUCAGUAGUAUAAAUAACUUACAGACAAAAAACCGCCUCGAAACGCUCGGGUAGGUAGGUAUAUAUUCCAAAGUGAACAUAAUUUAUAUUAUAAAUCUCCGGUUUAAUUGGGUUCGGAGGAAAAAAUAGUCAUACGUACAAUAUACAGUAAAACCGGGCUGUCACGUAAAAAUAAAAAUCGGGGCUCAAAAUAUAAUUCAUUUCUCCGACACGUAUAAAUAUACGGGAGCCGUUGCCAUAAAUCGUUACACGUUUAAAAACGUCUACUCAUAUCUCCCGACGCGACGUUGUUGACCAUACUAAAAUAUACUCGUUUUUGGAAUAAACGUCAUACUAUGUAUCGCAUUAAAGCUAUCCAGUUUUUUUUUUUCCAUCAGUGAUUCGGUGUCAACUCCAAAUUCAAAAUGGUAUAGAAUAUGUAGGUAUACCUGUACAUUAUUUCCUCACGACGUUGUCCGCUAGACUGCGACGGCAACGCGACGUACGUUUACGCGGACAGAAUAAAAAAAAAUAUCAAAACCGUCGGUUUUUUCGUGUAUUUUCCUUUCGGCGCACCCCUACGUAGCGCGCGCGCGUUAUGUUUACCCGUUAGCAUAUUAUUUAUGUAGACGCGCGUUUCCCUAUAGGCGAGGGAGAUAUCGGAAAUUAAUAUUGAUAAUAUCAUCAAUCACGUUCUAAAAAAAAAAGUUGUUGACGCGGAUAUCAUUUUUCGUCGCCGAAAUAACAAAAACGAAAACAAGCUGUUUUAGAGACGUGAAAAAAUCCUAUCGGAUACACUGCUUGAUAUUAUAUUGUAUUUUAAGACGUGUCCCGCGCGCGAUCCGACGGCGGUUAUCGCGCGUAGUGGCGUAACCCAAAGAGGGGCGAGGGCUAAUAGGGUUAGUAUAGCCUACGCCGCGCACCGUGUUUUCGUGUAUGCACACUGUUCUACGGUUUGAGCGUUUACGUUUUCGGUAAAUCCUUCCACUCGUGAAAGUACGUUUGUUUUUUUUUUUCCACACUGGAACGAUAGGUACGUAUACAUCCUAUUAUCCGUCCACGCGUGUCUCAAGCGAAAACGCGGUAAGCCCCGUUCCGUCCUGUUCGAAUUCCCGACUACGGGAAUCCUGUAGCGACUCCGGCAUCCGCGCACGCCGUGACUCCCUGGAAAUCGUUUCGAAUUACACCCGACUACUUAUAAUAUUUUAGGCGCUCGACGGUUUAGCAAACGUGACUGGGACGUAAUCUCUCCGGUCUUGUUGUUCGGAUAAUAUUAUAAUGUCAUCAUCCGCGGCGGUAGACAACGCGCGUUUCGCGACCGCGCCGCGCGUCUUAACGUAUCCGGUUUGGGGGGGAAAAAAAAAAAAUACCAAAUCCAUAUCGCGGGACGGACAUCACGAAUAACGUAUAUUAGGUUCGAUUUUUUUUUUCCGUCGGCCGCCAUGCAUCUCGGCCCCCUCGCGUAAUACCGUAAUAAAAGCAUCGUCGUCGUAACGGUUCUGUCGUUUUAAACAAUAAAUUCGGCCGUUUUAAUGGGAAUCCGUCACACGGGCGGCGGCGGUUACACGAGUUCAAUACGAUGACAGCGGCAGGACAACUGCAUAAUACACGCACGUACGAUUUAUACCAAACGAUAACGCACCGAAUCUCUAGUUUAUUGAAAUUUGUCACGCUGCGGCGAAAAUAAUAAUAAUAAUAAUUUAACGUUAUUCCACGUGCGAUCACAUUACGACGUCGCAAUCACACAUAGUGCGCAAUAACUGCACUGUUAUCGCGGUAAUAUCCGAGACAUCCCUCGUGUCGCUGACGGAGACGAAAACAUCCGGCCGCGCGCGACAAUUCGACUAAUCCGUACAGUAACGAUAAUGUGGACAGUGUCGCACGAUCGGUAUUUUUCUAUCGAUUGUGUACCGUAGUCGUAUAAUGUUUUAUUCGAAUAUUUCGAAUUUAAAAAGCCGUAUAACAGUAUUACUAUUUGGAGGCACUGCGCGAUACCCGCGCAUCGUGUACUGUCAUUGCAGUCUAAUCAAACGCGCGACGAAGUGAAAUUCUGCACGACUUUCCAGUGAAAAUUAUUAGGUGUUUUUCGAACAAGGGUAACAAAAUUUAAUGAGGAGAGUGUUUUCGAGGCCAUUGCUGUUUUUCUUUUAAAAUAUCGCCAAACAAAAGAGUUACAGUCGCGUUUUUUUUAUAUAUAUAUAUAUAUUAUUAUAGCUAUAUUUUGUUUUAUAGAAUUAAAAGCUACGCGGUUCCCUUGAAAACUCGCUACUUAUUAUGCGCCAAAACUCUAACCUAUAGGUGUAUUAUAAUUUCCACAUAAACGUCAACAUUCAAAAUUCUAAGUUUCUUCGUGAUUUUUCUAUAAUAUUUCCCGUCAGUUGGACCGAGAUUGCAAUAUAAAUACACGGAUAUCGCGUCCUCUUAAUAUAGACUCAGAUGAUCCAGAUUGUCGAUAUAAAACGACGUACCUAAUUCACCGUAUUAUACACGUACAUACGUAUAAUAAUAUGUAAACCACUUAAAAUUACAAUUACGUCAAUCCUAACGAUUUUCGACAUGUAUACAGAGCGACAACAUCGUAAAAAAAAAAAAAAAAAAACGCUAUAAUCUUCGAAAAAUUAAAUACAUAAUAAUAUUGUUUCCGAUAAGAUAUAUGUAAAAAAAUAAUAUCGUAAUUAUUAAUAGUUUUAUUUUUUAAAUUUAAAACAAUUAAAUAUUUACGACUAUCCGAAAUAUGUACGCAAGCGCGUAUUUAAGGGCGUUCCGUCAUCAUCCAGCUGCAGUAGUAGUAGUUUAAUAUAUUAUAAUAUUUAAAUAUUAUACAAUUAAAUAUAAUUAUUAAUUUUAUCGGUUAUAUAUAUUAUAGGCGAUAAAUGUUCAUAAUAUUAUAUUACGGAGUAUUGUCAGAUGAGUAGACAUCUGACAAAACUGUGCUUGAUAAAAACGUUUAAAAAACAGUCUAAACGUAAUAAAUUAUUUAUUAUUUACGAUAAACAAAAAAAAAAAAAAAAACAAGCUUGUCGGCUUCUACACAUAGUCGCCAUAAUAGAUAUUGCAGAAAAUACCUUCAGUCGAUGAACAUAACGUUUUUAAAUCAUUUGAAAUCAUAUCGGCCAUCGCGUCUAAAGAAUUAUGCAGACGGUCGGCGGUUUUGUACGCUAUAAAUCGAAAAAAAUCGAAAAAAUUCCAAAAACACGAGUAGUUCUAUUUGUUUGACAAACAAACGCGUGAAAAACCGCGAAUUUCCCCGAAAGACACGCCGUUUCGUUUAGAAUCUAAAAUGUUCGAGUACACCUACACCUAUAUUUCCCCGUCGUAAUUCUCGCGUAAUCCGUACUCGUACUGAAACUGCACGGCGCGCGGUACGCGUUUUUCCCGAUCCGUGUUUCGAACGGGCGGCGUAUACCGACAUCGCGCACGUCAUAAUAAUAAUAAUAAUAAUAAUGGCCGCGGGCUAUUUUCGGUAAAAAUCUUCCCUCGUCACCAGCCAACCCCACCCCCGCCCCCUUUCCGCCCGUCGUUUCGUUUGAAAUAUACGGGGGUGGUGCGGUAUAAACCGCGCCGCCGGGUGGUUGACGCGCGCAAACAGGUGCGUGCCAGUGAUAAGGGACGACCUCGUCUGCAUUGUCCGGGAGACGCGUGCUUGUACGUAUAUAUAAUAAUAAUAACAACAAUAAACGGUGUGUACUUUUUGUGAUAAUACAAAUGUGCUCUCGUAUACAUAUAUAUUUAUACACGCAUUAUUUGUAAGAAGCGCGUUCUCGCGAAGGCGUUUACACGAUAAACACCGGGCCGAGAGGCGAUAUUGUGCAGACGCGUGUAUCGGUCUCGUCGUAUUUAUUAUUAUUAUUGUUACUAUUCGGCAGUAGUACGGGGUGAUGAUAAAACCAUUAAAAAAAAAAAAAAAAAAAUCCGUGACUGAUGCAACAGCAGUAUUAUAGCACCGAGAUCGCACAAUAAACAGAUACCGUUUUGUACGCGUGUCCCGUGACCGUGUAUAAUACAAUGUAAUAAGACUAGUACGUAUAAUUAUCGCCGACGGUGUUAUUUAUGGCUACCCGCAGGAAUCCGAAAAUUUCGAAAAAUAUCGUUAUUCCGCGCACGCUUUAUUCGAUAAACCGACGAUUCCGAUACUCGGUGGUUUUUUUUUCUGAUCUCUACAAAAAAAAAAAAAAAAAAAAAAUAUGUAGACAUUUAUACACACAUUAAGAAAAUAUUAAAACUCGUUCGAUAUCGGUAAACCAUUAUUAUUAUACCUAUUAUCUAUUAUUGUUUCUUAUCGGUCGUUCGUCCUCGCCCCGAAACGCGACUGCACCCACAAUAACUUCCCCGGCGUUAACGUUUUGUACACAUUAUUAUACUAUACCUAUACGCCAGGUAGGCAAAGACAUUAUAUUGCAUUAGGCACACAAAAAAUCAUAAUGUGACUGUAUAGCUGAACAGAUAUCGAUUUCUCUAUGUGUUUACAGUUUACUCGGCCCGCAGACCCGAGGAAUCGGACGUUUUUAUCUAAUCUCGUCGAUAUAUGAUACCGUGGGCGCAAAAUAAUAUUUAAGACGUGUACACAAGAUAAUCCGUAUGGUGUUUCGUUGUAUUUCGAACGUAUAAUAAUAAUCGUAAAAAUAGAAAACUGACGUUUUCGUCGGCCCGGGAUUGACGUCAUAACGUUUACCUAAACAAUUAGACAUUUUGAAAUCUGCAGAAAUGCAAAAAUUUACAGUUUAAUUGGUAAUUGUUUAUUACAUACAGUAAUCCCCCGUUAUCCGCGGAGGUUAGAUUCUAGAAAAGUUGUGCGAGUAAUAAAACCGUGGAUAACAAGACCAUAAAUCAAUGUAGAAAAGAAGUUUUUAAUUUAUACAAUGGAUUAAUUAAUUAUUUAUUUAUGCGCAUUUACAUAUAAUAGAAAGGAAGGAAAAACUUUGUGAUAGAUACCUGUUUCUUUGUAUUCUCUGUAUGUCUGCGAAGUUCUCCGUACGCAAUAGGCCUUUAUGUGCAAUGCGCACGUGUACCUUAAACGGUAUAAAAAUGAUCUAACUUUUUCUAAAACAAAUUACACCGUUCGCAUAUACUGGCGAUUAUAAUAUAUGGAUUAUAUAAUUAAAUAAAGGGUAUUUCCGACUCAACCGGGUCGAAACCGCGGUUAAAAAAUCCGCGGAUAACGAGUGAUUACUGUAUACGGUUAAACAGGCAUACUAACAAUGCCACUGAUUUUGUAUAGGCGCAUUGUAAACUAACGUAAAUUUAACACGAAUACACGGGCAAAGUUUCCUGAUAGCCGUCUGAAAUAUUAAAAAAUCGUUUUCUCGACUUCCCGAUUUUUCAAAACAAUACGAGUGGAAUAUAUAUUUAAUAGGAUUUGUUCGCAAUAAGGUCAACCAAUAGUGGUAAUAUGAUGGUAUUUACGCUUCCCGUCCUGUUCCAUAAACCGUCAUAAUUGCGAUGGCAUAUUUAAAAAAAAAAACUAUAAAUUCUGAUUUCAAACAAGUCGAAGACUUGGGAACUUGGGCGUAUCAGUUGACAUAGCCCCAUAAUGACGUCAUUGUAAAAGGGACGACGAACAACGAAGUGGACGAAAAUACACAGGUAGUUUGCAUAAUAUAAUACGAGUAUUACGGUAAAACAAUAACCGAAAUAAUAUUUCUCUGUUUUUUUUUCUGUACGAAUAGCGUUUGUAACAUGACGACGUGUUUGCGCAUAGGGUAUAGGUUGGGUCAGGUUAGGUUGUACCGGGUGAGAGAAGAGAGGUCGGUAUUUUGGGGGGACAAAUAUAAUUAAGUAUACGAACGUACAAUAAUAAUAAUAAUACACGAUUCUCCCCCCUCGUCGUGACGACCAAACGCAAUAAUAACGUUGCAGAAUAUCGGAUUACGAAAACUGCAGCGGUCCGCACUCCGCUACCCUCCCUCCCAAACGACCAAAUAUAACGUAUCGUUUAUAUUUUUUUUUCGGAUACCCACGCGAGUUCCCAUAUUUAACGAAAAAACUAUUUUCAACCGGAAAUGACGUGGUUUCGAUCGAAAUUGAUUGUUUGCAACGUACGCUGUAUUAGACACGAUUUGGAAUAUUACAGAUUCCUGAUAACGAAAAUCUGAAAAAGAAAAGCCCUGCAGUUUUGAAUGUCACGGUUCGGAUUUCAUAGUUGUUUAAAUCUAAAAAUCAACAUUUUUUGUAAACAUAUUUAAUAUAUUUUUUUUUUAAACAAACCUAUUUAAUUUUUCACUAGCCAUUAGUGGUUUAUUAUAAAAAAAAAAUCUGUCUGAGACAUUAAAAAAAGACUAAAGCAAGUUACUAAAUCCAUAUUGACUCUAGUGUUGUUAUAAGUAAACGUUUUAGUCGAGUAAAUAUUAACAUAUAGAAAUCCGAAUGACAACAAUGACGAAAUAUCCAAAAUUUAAAACACAUACCAACAUAAGCAGAUCCUCUGAGUAUCACCGGGGUGACCGAAGGAAGUGUCCGCUAUUGAGAAAUUUUACUGUAUACAUAUAUAAUAUUUUAAUUUUGAAACAUUUUUUUUUCUUUUUUAAUUAUUUUAAACGUGGUUUGUUACGUGAUGGAUUUUUGACCGUAAAUCAAUACAGGCGUAUACGGUUUGCAAUUAAUUACAAACCGGCCAACGGUCAAUGCAAAUCAAUAUUAAUUCGCGUAAUACUGCAGUAGUAAAACGGCCGGGCAUUAUAAACGGUUUUUUUUUUUUUUUUUUGGAGAGGAAGUAUUCUCCCGGGGAAAACUCGCGAUCGUCGCGGGUCGCACCAAUCCGAAAAUACAUUCGUUCGGUUUAGGAUACCGCGAAUUUUAUAUUUACCGUGAGUAAAAUACGCCCACCGAACAGUAAAGUUCGGCUGGAAAUAAAAUAAUACAUUUAUAUAUAGAUUUGCAUAACACAUGGACAAUAAUGUGCAGGGUCGUACUUCAUUUUGUAUUUUGUAUUAUUUUUUUUUUUUUUUUUGUAUUAUGUAAUGGCAUUCGGUUUUUGAAAACACGUCAUAUUAAAACAUAAGUAUCGCCUAUUAUAUAUAAUAAACUUAUCGCUUAUUUAAUCGCGGUGUUUUAAUUGCUUCGACCGUCAUUUUUGAGCUGUAUUCAAAACCAAAAUAUAUAUGUAUUAGGUAUAAUAUAUCAGUACACAUAUAAUACACAACAUAUUAUAAUGUCACAGUAGUUUAGUGUUCUAAUAUAGUGGGUAUUUAUAGUAUAUACUAUUUUUUAAUUAUAUACAAACGAUUACAAUAUAAUUGUAUGAUAUGAAUAACAUGCUAGAUCGGAUGUUGUUAUAUAUAUAUAUAUGUGUGUGAUGCAUAUUUCUAGGAGACUAUAAUAUUUGAUUUUAAACGUUAAAAUGUUAUAUAACGAUUAUACGAUAAUUUUAUUUUUUUAAAUUCAAAAAUGAUAUAAUUUAAUCGAUAUGCGUAUAGUAUUGUGCAGUACAUACCUUACACUAUUGUUGUUCUACAUAAUAUUAAAUGAACGACAAACGUACUAUUAAUAUAUUAAAAAGGUACCUUAUAUGUCAUAAACCAGCUGAAGUGUCUGAUAAGGUUUUAAACGCAACGAAGGAAAAACGACCGUUUUCUGUGGACACGUAUUCAACCCUAAAGUGAUGAUAAAUGAUUAGACGCACACUAAGAUAUGAAAGUCUAUAUAAAAAAACGAUAAUCCGAGGUGAUGUUAAAGGACUCGUGGAAAGAAUUAGAAAACCGAGGACAGAGUAUACGUAUAUUGUGUAUGAUAGCAAUAUUGAUCAAAUACUGGAGAAUGAAAAUAGUGAAAAAUACGAGGAUCGAGGGAGAAAAAGAACAAAACGCAAGUACAAUAGAAAUGCGCGAAGAUGUUUCAACAUCGUAUAAUAUAGGUUUUUCGAACUUUACCCUUUGGCGAUGAGCUAGACGACUUUAAUACGAAACUCUCUCGACAGCAGCGAUGUUUGACGUUAUUGCUGUCAUACGAUAUUAUAUAGACAGGUACACGGAAAUGAAAUGAGCGUGUCGGUCCCCGGUCGCAUUCGUUAUAAUAAUAUACGAGCAUAACAUCAGACUCGUUCGUGAAAGCCGAGCGUACGAGUCCCUCGAUAUUAUAAGUCCGUGGCCCUCGAAUUUUCGCUCGUUUAAAAUAAUUGGAUAUCGUAUUUAUUUUAAUAGAAUAUACCGAAAUCGCGCGGUGCGGGUAACAUAAUACACGCGUUUAACGUUUCCCACACACGUGUUGCUUAUAAUAUACUAUGUGUGUAUCAUACGGUUUACUGGUCGUAUACGGUGUUUAAAUUGUUUAAAUAUACCGAAAACUCGAAAUAUGGGACACGAAUAAUACGAAGUUCAACAGGAUGACCCCAACGAAACGUUCAUCGUACCCACGUCGCACCUUUGGCGCUAUGUAAUGUAGACCGCCACAAGUCGAAAAAAAAAUCAAGGUUUCGAGAUAAUACAAUUUUAAAAUUGUCUUCGCUCCCAAAUGGUCAGUUUCAAAGUUUUGAUUUGAACCAUUGUCAAUUAUCGUUAUUAUAUUAUGUUACGUUGGUAUCUGAGGUUUGUGACUUUUACAUUAAAAUACUUGCAUGAAUUUCACCAGGACUACAGGAAAUCGAUGUAUAUUUGACAGGUUGGCAAUAGGUAUUUGAAACCCAAAACUGACACAAAAAUUAAAUGUGACAGUUAUGUAUAUCAAACCAAAUAUUUUAUAUUACCUACGAUGCAUAGAGCGCAAUUAUACGGAUUACAGCCAAUAUACGACAAUAAUAACGAUAGUUUUUUUUUUCAUUUAGGUACUUUAGAAAACGAUUUUUCCACGAUUUCCCUGUUUUUUUUUUUGUUUUUUUGUUUAUGUGGCAUGAACAAAACUAUAGAAACCAUAGGAUUAUUUCUCUCCAAAAUUAACCCGAAUCGCCUAUAAACGGACACUGUUUUUAAAAUGUUCAGUUGCAUUAGGCCAAAUAAAUCUACUCGAGGGGAAAAAAAUUUAAGAAUAAUAUUGGUUUAAAAGCAAAAAAAAAAAAAUGUUUUUUUUUUUAUAAAAUCGGUUUGACACGCUUUUUUUGGUUUUUCUCGGCACAAUGUUACGGCUGCAAACAAAAAACACGUUUCGACUACGUUAGUUCGAUAUGAGCGUUUUUUUUUCCGCGCGAGGGUCAAAAAAAUACAAGAAUAUCAUACAUAUUUCCACUUCAUAUUCCUCUGGCAGCUGUGCCAGAAUCGCAGUACAUCGAAAGAUGACCGUAGCCGUUUCAAAAAAGGAAAUAAUCACGUUUUCCUACAUUGUACAAUAUAAUAUGUCACACACGCGUAAUAUUAUUAUAUCCGAGUCGCGUCUCGAAUUUGGAGAAGAUCCUAUUGUUACUCGUCCAUACGCCCUGUCGUUCUCACGACGUCCGUAUUUUUAUUUAUAACGUAUACACUGGUAAGACUCGUAAUUCUUGUAAUAAUAAUAUUAUUUGGAUACGUACUCGAGUUGCGCCCCAAAUAACAACACGAAAAAAUAGGUUUAAAACGACCGUUUAGAAAAAAAACAAUGCUAUGCAUACAUAUAUUAUAUAUAUAUAUAUAGCUCAAGGACGAUAAAAAUGUGAAAUGCGAUGUAAACGAACUGUAAACAUCAAAAACAUUAAAUUAAAAUUGCGUCGUAUAACGAAAUAUACAAUAUAAUGUAAUACAUCUUGUGUUAAAUUUUCGAACAUUUUUGCCGGGCCGAAACAAUUUCGUGCGCAUAAGAACUAUCAAGAAAAAAAGCCUAUAACCUAAAACCGUAAUUUAAUUUUCUCAGAAAUGCAGAGGCGUAGUUAUUCAGUACGGCGCUUUAAAAACCGCAUAAAACUAACCGAAAUCCAGGUACGUUGUAGGCCCGUUGAAAUAGUGAAACGCUACGACCUGUUCAAUAACUCUGUGAUUUUAACCGACCCGAUAGAUUAUCAAACCGACAAUUUUUAGAUCUGUUUUCGUGCAACCCGACAUUAGUCCUACUUAACACGGCGCAAUAAUAAUAACAAUAAUAGCGAAAAUGUUCGUGAUUCGUACGCGACGCGUGCACCGCGAGUGACGCAAACCGCUCGCGCGCCCGUACGCCGCGGUAUGUCGAUUUUAAAAAUAACCGUCGUUCCGAGAGACCCGAUCGGAUAAUGAUAAUAAUAAUAACAAUAAUAAUAAUAAUAAAAUUUCAUUUUUACCGUGUACGUUUUUACGGGGUGGUGGUGUCUGGACCCGGGUUUUUAACUACCCAAAGUCGCUAUAAAACGACCGCGGCGACUGUUCCCCGUCGGGGUUUUUGGCGGGCACACGUGAACGGCACAUGUGCGGCGCACACAUCACCGCGUGCAACAUCUACCGACAACAGCGACAUUGUAGGUCGGGGCUGUCGAUAAUAAUACAUGCGGCACGGUGCACGCUCCAUUUUGUAUUGUAAUGACGCGGCCGACGGGUCGGGUAUUGAAUUUAUGUAAGCCGAGUGCGAGCGGUUCGGGUGUUGUAGUGAUGUUCUAGCACUAGUUUUGUGUAUUUUCCGGAGGCCAUCCGCCAAAUCGCACUGCGGGCAAGUUGCUCUCGCCACCCGCCUCGUCCCGUGUAUAGAUAUCUACUAGAAAAAAAUAAUGUUUACACGAUUGAAUCGCCCGGGAACCGCAGAACUCCGUUACUUGGGCCGAAUGCCCACCCUCCCCCGCCCCUCCCACCUAUUUUUUUUUUCGUUAUAAAACUUCGCGAAACAAUAAAUAACCGAAUACCUAUUAUUGUAACAAUACAAUGUAUAAUACAACACUUUACUAUACCCGGCACCACAAUAACUAUACUACUUCCAAAACAAAUCGUUUAAGUAAUUUUAUCAUACAAAUAGUAGGCGUAGGAGUUGAAACCCCAAUAAGGGAAAUUAUUAACACUAAAUUCACACAUAAUAUAAUAUGAAAUGCCCCAAACAGGGUCUGUAGCUCGUUCUCAUUCUCUAGCAACAACAUGAUUAAAUUCAUAUUUAAAAUCAACUCGACUAAUAUUACUUCAACAAAACGACUCUAAUUCCCGAGUUUUAGCUCAUUUAGUCACGAAGGUGGGCUCUAAAAGUGCUCAAAAGAAGCGGUAAAACGAUACACGAUAUACACACGCCAGAUAACGGACGCAAUGCUGUUAAACAGUCUCUAUUUCUAGAGAAAAUUCACCAAAAACUAAUUAAUGCAUGCACGUAAUAAUGCACGCUAGAGAAAAGACCUAGAUAGAUGAGGAAAGAUAGAUGUCUAUAGAUAAAUAAAAAUCUACUCGAUUUGAUUUGUUUAUACUUGUCCAGCGAGACGAGACUAUAGGCCUGCAAUAUGUACUCAUCUCGCAGCUACGGCAUAGUGUGCACCACAACGGUAGUAUAAUAAUAUAACUCCUUACAUUUUUCAUCCGACAUCUCUCACAACAUAAUGUACACCUACACCUUAAUGCAAUUGAAAACUGCAGUUUAAUUAAUAAACUGCCCGCCCAUCAUCCCGAAUAAUUAAUAGGUCGACUUUAUGGCUACUAUAUAAUAUAUAUGUAUGUAUAUACAGGGUGCUACGUGAAAGGAAGAACCGCAAACGUUGUGCGCGCGCGCGUCAUUAUCGUAAUUGCGUAUAUUAUAUUUCCAUCAUAUAAUAGACUCUGAAAUGAUAAGUUUUUUUCCCCCAGCGACGCACGUCUUAACUCAACCGUCAGAUUUUAACCGACACGUGCGCCAAAAAAAUGAGGGAAAAAAGGCGUUAAGUGCUUUAGACGCUUUUACUUUUUUUUAUUUAUUUAUUUUUUUAUUUUUUUUUACUGAUCGCCGUCAUCUGAGUUCUGCGAAGUAUAUUUUACCGGGCUGCGAUGAUAUUUUUUUUUUGGUGGAGGAUGAGCACAAAACUUCCCCCGCACACGUGUGACUAUAUUAUUAUACGCGACUGCAUCAGGACCGUCACGUCAUCGCCUCCGCUAAUCGUUUCCGGCCAAACGUCGCGCCGAAAUUCGUUUAUACACAAUUAUAAUGUUAUUAUUAUUAUUAUAUACGAAAUAAUAAUAAUAACGAUAAAACUGAAAGCAACGAAAAAAAAAAACCGAAUCAAAAAUAGUGAGCGAUGACAAGUCCAAAAAAUUUCUUCAGUCGUUUUAACAUAAAAUAUUAUAUACGAGUAUAAUGUACACUCGUUUUCCGGUCGUCGCUAAUAAUUAUUAUUACAAUUAUUAUUUUGUUGCCACGGUGCACUGCGUAUACUGUAGCAGCAGUCGUGGUUUUCGAUCGGCUAACGUAAAAUAACCUACGAUAAUAGAAAUGUGGCUUGUAUAAUAAUAUACAAUAACUACGUUGUUGUUAUGAAAGAUGAAAAGAACAAAAUUAUUAUAUUUUCUCGGAUAAAUUGAACAGCCCCGAUUAAAAAUAAUAACAUCAUCUUUGUAUAAAUAUCAUAGUUGUAUACGUUUAAUAAAAAUAAAUGACGUCCUUGAAUAAUGGGGACGGGUGCAGCCUUUUUCAUAGAUAAUUUAAUGUAUACCCGUAAGCAACGAUAAACCAUUGCUUACGAAAAAACGAUUCUGAGCGGGGUUCAGUUGAUAGUGAUGCUUUUUCAACAAUAUCUAUGCCACAGGUAAUAUAUUAAAAUAAUUAAAUAAGCUCUAUAUAUUUUCUUUAAUAAUAUUUGUUUAAUGUUGUACUGAUUUACCCGAUUUUCCUACGUUUUUCCCGGUUUUCCUAUGUUUUUUCCCAGUUUUCCACAUUUGUUGAGGAAACUCCGGAGAAAAUCGCAAAACAACCUCUUUCAAGUACCUCCUCAGUGAAAUUUUCUUUUAGAAAAAUCGCUAUCGUUAAAUGUUUGAACAAAAUUACUGGUAGAAAAGUUGUCCAUAGAAAAAAAAAAUAUAUAUCUUUGUAAAAUCAUAAGCUUCUCCACUCAGAAUCUAGUAGGUAGUUAUAAAAAAAAUAAUUCAGGAGAAGUCUGGCCCCAUAAUUCGUCCUAAUAAUUUAUAAUAAUAUAUUGAAGAGAGUUUGAUAAAAAUUAUCGUGUACAAUUUAAGUAUACAUUCGAUCUAUGUAUUAAGCUGAACAAAUUUGUAUCCGAAUAAAAUAAAAUUAAAAAAAAACUCAUACUGCAAAGACUUCCUCAAUGCACCCAACUAGUCAAUGUAUGUUGCAACCGGAAACCACCUCUGAAGCUGACGGUCGGCACAGGGUUACCGAUAGAAAAAGUUGUUUACAGACAGAAAAAAUAAGGCACGCGCGCAUAGUUUUUUUUAUUCAGAAUCUAAAACAUAAUAUAUUUAAAUUUUAACACGGAGUAUAAGUUUCCCGGUUAGUUUCGGACGAAUAGUGCACACUAAUGUCAUUGUCUGUUGAUCGAAUCGGACAACGAACGAACUUUCACCACUUAUACCAUAAUCUAUAUCUAAUCGUUGACGAUUUCUUCGAUAAAUUUAAAUACACACACACACAUAUAUAUAUAUAUAUAUAUAUAUAUAUAUAAUGCACGAUUUUCGCUCGGUUAAAAAUAAUAUUACAAUAUUAUCAGGCGUAUAGUUUACCGCUGUUUUCAUAUUAUUCAGAAAACUACGAAGAAAACAAAAUGACAGUAUCAAUACCACCAAAAGAGCCCUCUUCUCGUUUUUCGAAUGCCGUAAAAUUUCUGGUAGGAAAUUCGUUAACGGGCACUACCGAAUCACAUAUCAUAGUAAAACGCUCAAAAUCAAAGAUAUAUAAAGAAAAAAAAAAAAAAGUACGCGUGGUAAAACCAAUAUACAUUAUUCGAUACGCUCGAAAUCUAAAAUAGCAAUGUAAUAUAUGGAAAUCACUCAAUAUGAAUAGGCACUUAAGCGUGUGCAGGCUCUGAACGACAACGCCUAAAAAACCAACUCGUAUAUUAUAAUAUUUUUUGGCGAAAAUAAAAUAAACGCAUUAUGCGGCAAGUUCGAAUACCUUAGGCACAAAAACCCAAAGAAACAAUAAUAAUAACACGUUGUGUAACAAAAUGUUAUAAUAUCGUUUCAUGUAGAUAUUACACGAGACCGAGUUACCGGGGGCGGCGGCGGUCUGAAAAUACAAUUUUAUGUUUGAAAAAAAAAAAAACCGAAAUGACAAAAACAAUAUAAUAACAAUAAUAAAAAUAAUAACGAAAAACGGACACGUGCAGGAGGCGGCAGUGGCGGUGGCGGCGGCGGCGGCGGUCAUCGGGUGCGGACGCGGUUGUUUUACCUAAAAAGAGACGGCAAACGGGCGCGCGUUUCGGAAUAUUAAAUGAGGGGGAAAAGGAAAAAAAAAAAGGUAGUCACACUUAUAUACGAUUUUUUUAUUUUUAUUAUGUACGCGCUUACACACAUACAUAAUAACAAUAUUAUAAUAUCGGAAUACAGGCGUUAUUAUUAUUUUUUUUUUAUUCUAUUAUCGUUUAUAAACGCGCGGUUAGCUGCUGCGGGCAUAUACAGAGUGAUACUUUAUCGUUUAAUUUUCUAUCCGAGGUUUUUUUUUUAUGACAAUGAUAUGAUUUCUGUUUUAGAUUCUGAGCGGAGCGAGGAAUGUAUAGGUUUACUAUGAUGUGUGCGAUAUUUUUUCUUCUUUUGGCUUUUUAUCAGACAUCAUCUUCCGAGUAGUUUUCAUAGUAACUGCAACAAUAUUGGCUUUCUCUAUACGUGUCACGUGGUGAAAUUUUCAACAUAUUUUAACAGUUUAUAAGCUGUUUUUAUGUUUAAAUUUUGAUGAAAAUUAUAAAAAAUUUCGUAAUUUCAAGAUAUGCUUUCUGAACUUCACUCUGAAUCGUAUUCUGUUAUCAAUAAAUUAUCGUUUCGUACAGAUGUAUAAAUGUAUGUAUCCUAUCUUCUUAACUUUCCACCUACAACAGUGACACAUCCAGUCUUAGAUUUCGAGCGUAACGAGGAAGCUAUUGGUUUUAUAAUAUGGUGUUUAUUUCUUUUUCUUUUUUCUUUGUUUGUUUGUAAUAGUCUGUGGGCACGUUUUCUCCAAAUAAACUUGUUCCGAUUUUUACGCGUAGAAACUUUUCUGAAAGAUUAAGUUAUCUAAAUCGUAUUUUAAAAAGGCCAAUUUUUUGAUUUUCGACACCACUUUUUAAAUAAAAACACUUAAGUGGGAAAAAACGUAGGAAAACGUACAAUUUCACGAUUUUAUUAUUUUAUAAAAACAUGGACGAUGUUUUCUACCAGAAAAAAUGAUUUAAUCGAAAAACCAUAAGAUACCUUUUUUGUUGUAUUUUUGAUUUAAUUUCUUACGAUAUCAUUGCCAAAACGUUUGAGCCACUUUUGAGCUUUUAUGGAAUUUUAAUUUUUGGGAGUUUUUUUAUUGUAACUCGGUUAUAAAUACACGUAGUGACUUAGAACUUUGUUAUAAUACUUAUAUUGGACUUACCUAGACGUGGUAAAAUUUUCUUGCAAAAAAAAUGAUGGCACUUCAAAUUAUAUAUUACCGAAAUGCGCUCGGAAUCGUCUUUCGUGAAUCAAUGGUUUAUCGUUACUUACAGAUAUAAAUGAAAUAAUCUUAUGUAUCCUAUCUUCCCAACUUCUAAUCUACAACAGUGCCUGCCCCCGUCUCCAGUGUUGCCUCUUUUUUUUCCAAUUAUUUUAUUAUAACACUAUUUUCAAACAUCUUUAGCCGUACUCCAUUAUUAUGUACCUUAAACGAGUAUUCAAUUUUGAUUCUCAUAUGACAAAAAGUAACUACCGUACUAUCUUUUUUAGAAUAGUCUCGCAAAAGAAAAAAAUAAUUUUCUAAACAUGGUGAUACACAUAGCAGUGAAUAGUAUUUCCCAUUUAGGACUUUAGUAGUUCAAACAGUUUAGAAUUUAAGUUGGAAGUGUAUUAUAGGAAAGAUAUAAGAAAUUGAUCAUUUAAUAAUGGUAGAUUGAUAAUGAUAACUGAAUAACACUGUACAGACUACAGGGUGUGAUUGUACAUCACGAAUCUAAUUGUAUUAUCACGAACCAGCGAUUAUCUAUGUACGAAGAUUUCAUUUUCCCGGACAUUAUAGAAUAUUAUAGUCACCUAUAAUUUGAUUAUGUCGUAUUAAUAUAUAGGUAUAUUUGUGCAUAGUGGCGUAGUCAGGAAGGGGACACUGAGGCCUUGGACCUCUCCAUUGGCAGUAGUUUUUCAAAUAUUUGUAUUAUAAUCGUUUAAUCUGCAUGUUACUUUAUUAUGGUUUAUGCGGUUUAUUUUCAAUAUUUUAUUGACUAUAACUAAUUAUAGUAAAUUUUUAAAUGAAAUAAAGAAAAUAAACGUAUAAUUUUGGGUUAUUUUUUUUUUUUUUCAUUCUAAUACGGUUACAAUUUUGAAACUAUCGUGUAAAUACGAUCUUGUGUUUACAAGAUUGUCGACCGACGGUUAUUACGGUUAUGUAUAGACGUAAAUAAUUGCAAUUAAAAAUUUAAAAAACAAAUCGUAUUUACACCGAAUAUUCGUAAACACACGCCGGUUCGUGAUGAUAUAGGAGAAACUAUCGCUCUGUAUAUAUAUAUAUAUAUAUUGUUAAAUUAUACUGCGCGCACGACGCGGCGGCCGUAUCGUUGGGCGGGAGUUAUAAUGAUAAUAUUAUUAUUAUAAAGGUGUAGUAUAUACACACGUCGUACGAACAUUAAUAUUCAAAUAACGCGAUAACGUACAGUGUAAACGACGGCGACGACGGCGACGGAAAAAAAAAAAAUGAGGUCCGAACGGUGUCGCAUUGUGUACGACUUACGGCCUAUAAUGCAGGUAUGAUGCGGUGCGCGUAACCGAACGGGCGCUCGCACAGUGGGCCCCGGAGAGAAACGCUAAUUUACGGACUCACGGCGACGGUGUCGACGCGGUAAAAUGUGUAGUUUUUUUUUAAUCGCCGACGCCGUUGUCGUCCGGCCGCGUGAUUUACAGACGUGCCACCUGCCGCCGCGCCACUGAUUAACAAUAAAUACCCCUACGCCGCCCCCCGGUUCACGAUCGCGUCGGGUCGAGCCGGGCGCAGAGGGGUCCGUGCCGCCGCGCCCGGAAAAUGUGCGCGCUCGUCCGCAAAGGCCGGUCCGGGCAAUCGCCGCGAAUCGACGCCACGGACGAGCCAGUUACGGGGGGGCAAAGGCGGCCAAUUGUUUUGGAUUUCCGACUAGGCGUGGAUUUCGUUUGAAACGUUUAGACUCCGGGUAGAUGGAGGAGAGCGUACUUUAAAUAACGCGACAGUAUAGGUUUUCUGAGGUGCGCUUCUGUUUCGCCGGUAUACAUUCGAAACGGUUAUCUACUUUCAAUUCCAGUGGCGUAUUUCGCGCUGGGUCUUGGGGAGGGAGAAUGGGCGAUUUUUUUUGGAUAAAAAAAAAAAUUCCAUUAGUUAUAAUAUAGUUCAUUAGUUCACAAUUAGUGAUAACUGUACGUAUUUAGUUUUACUCUUAUGUAUUAAACAUUAAUGGUUGUGUACAGUCAAUACAGAAAAAAAAAAAAAACAAACAAUAACGAUUUUUACAAAAACCAGUAAGGAAUAUUCCCGUUUUUUCAAACUUGUAUUUUUUACGUUCGAAUGUGAACCACUAGACACCCCUUCCCCCAGUUAUGGCAAUGGGUAUCUAUAUAUAUAAUUUAAGUGACAAUUUUUUUUUAAAAAAUGCCCAAGUUGGCGAUUUUGCCACAUUUCUUCGGUCCCUCAAAUCUGCCAUUAGGAAAAAUACAAGGAAUAUAUAAUAGAAAUCACUUCAACAAACCCUAAUACGCCAAAUAAUAAAAUACCUUCUUCGCCUCCGUUCUUUUUCGCUUUCAUUACAUAAUAUAUGGACAACAUUUGCUACCAGAAACCACCCCCCGAAGUUGACUAUCGGUGCAAGAUAUUUGGUCAAAAGUUUUUUAUAAAUACACACACACACACACAACUGAUUAUUAUAGAUUUUAAUAUAAUCGACUGCGGGUACAGUCGUGAAAAUCAAACAAAAAUUAUUAUUAUUAUUUUGUACAAUAAUUUUGUUUUAUUACGGCUGCAGCCGCAGAAAGCCGACGCAGCCCUUUGGUGAUGGCAAUCGUGAUAAUAAUUGUUAUUGUUGUCGGCACCGAGCAAGUUAUAAUAUUGUAUUUUUCGAUUAACACACCAGUAUAGCGCAACACCGAUGAUUUAUUAUCCUCCGCAUUAAUCUCGGUCGAUUUUUUUUCUUAAUUGCGUAUUAAUAAAACGAGCGAUUUCCCUAUUCGUCCUACAUAUAAUUGUAUAGAUUAUUAUUAUAGGUAUGUAUAAUAAACGUUUUUUAUAUUAUAUUAUACGCCCCCAUUCCGCCCCUAUCCUUCGUAUACCAUUAUGUUUUUAUUGGUAUGCGUGAUGACUUAUUAUAUUGUUUUACGGUUUUAUUUUAUGCUCUCGAAUACCGCAAUAUAAUUGCCGAAUGUAUUGUUUAUGUUUUUCUAAACUAUAAAAAACGAGUACACUCCAAUAAUAUUAUGUUUUUUUUAUAUCCUGAUUAAAACCCUUGUAGCCGGUUUCACUGUGGUGUAUUUUACGUCUAUAAACAAUUUUUCUACCAGAAAUCUUGCUCCAAUCAAAAACUUUACAGGAACUUUCUUGUACGAUUGUUCAUCUUGUUGGUGCUCUGAGAUCAUUUUUUGAUUUUCCUUAUUGUAUUCUUAAUAAAUCGCUGACAAAUUGGCAGUUUUUGUCGAUUUUUGGAUUACUUUGGUAACAAGGGAAAAAUAUAUACCUAACAAUACUUUGUUCAUAAUUGUUUUUUGUUAGCAAUGGUUUAUUUUCGCAUAUAAUAAUAAAUUUAAUUACUCUAUAAUAUAUCCUCCCUCCCGACUUCCAUUCAAAAACAGUGGCACGCUCAACAACAGUAUCAACCUUAAACAAAUAUCCGUCUUCUUAAAAAUUGGACACAGUUCCACGACGGGCCAUACGAACCACGACUAUACGUCGAUAAUAUUCAUGCGGUUUGGUUUUUCAUGUUGAAAAGGAACAAUAUAGGCGUUUUAUAUAUGAAUAGGAGGCAGUAGCGGCGCUAGGUUUUGCGGGGCCCUGGAUAAUGCUUUAGUACAAUGGUGACUUUAGUAUAACUAAUGAUUGUAUAGCUAUAUAAUAAUAAACCGCAGGACCCUGGACAUAUGUCCCAUUUGUCCUCCCGUAACGCCGGUACUGAUGGGAGGUACAAUAAGGAGUUGCGCGAAUUAACGAAAUUUCUGAAAUUAUUAUAAAUACAAUGCGUUUAAUACUAUAUAUAAAGAAAGGGAAGGCGGAACCCAAAUAUGACUUUUAGAAUGGAUAUUAGAGAUUUUCCUUCUUCUUCUCGCCGUUUUCGUCGCUUGUCACUGUCGCUGUUUAUGGCCGUCGCCUUGAAGACAUAAAUAACAACCAGCACCUAACGGUUUUCAUCAUGCACGUAUCAUCGUUGUAUAAAAAACUAAUAAUAAUAAUAAAAUUGCAGAUCUACUCGAAGAAAUAUAUUGUGUUUAAUUUCGGCCACCGUCGUCGUCGGUAAACGUGUCGAACAAUACAACAUUAACUAUUAUAAUUAAUAGCACACUACCGGUUUCGCAUUUAAAAAAACAAAACAAAUAGUUGUCGAUUUCUGCGCAAUCGUAUGAUAAUACUGCAGCAUAUUAAUGCUGCAAUUGCAACAGAUCUUAUUCGACUGCAUAACGUAUACCUGGGUACGAUCGUAUAUUACAUCUUCUAUGCGGAAUAUUUAUCGUUGAAUUAUCUAUGAUAUAUCGAUUCGGAGAAAUAAAAUUAUAAAAAUGAUUGCGGCGAUGACACGUGUGCGGCGUGAAAUUAUAAUAUUUUUAUAGAUAUUGAAAAUCAACGGACGUCCCGAGCACUACCGCAAUCGCCUCGGGUGACGUCAUGAAUAAUAAUAACUCUCGUCGUAGGAUUUUAUAACAAUUGGUAUGGUAUAAAAAAACUAGGUUUCGGCGGUUAUAAUAUACUUACAGGCGCAAUGGGGGGGGGCAGUAAAAACAGUUGAAUAUUUAUUAAGCGCUUCCCAACCCUUCGGAAAAGAAAACCCGGCUUAAAUAAUCGUUCAAAACGCCUGUAUAUUAUACUUGGUAAAAGUACAAGAGACGCUGUCUCGGCGGAUUAUUUUGGAACUAUAGCGCGUGACUAGUUCCGUAACGCAUCGGCCAAGAGGGGGCACCGGGGCUCGUAAAGAAAAAUACCCCUCCCCCCCCCCUCUCGCAUAUCCCGAAUGACCUGUGACUUUUUCUGUCCGGCGUUAUCAGUGCUCGUUUCCAGUCCUGUUGCUAUAUGGCAAAGCUAUUAUUUAAUAGUAAUUGACAAUGUCCGCCGAAGGAGACGCGUCGUGGAGAAAAAAAAAAAAUUCAAAAAUUACCGACAUCGAUCCGUUCAUCGCGGCCCCGGGUCUCUUUGCCGCCGCAGCGAGACAGUAAUUUAAUACGUAUUGUUGUUGUUGUACGCGCGACAAUUUCUCUCACAAAAUAUCGUCGUCUGCGCAUGCGCAUCACUGUGGUUUAUCAAAACGGUCGCGUGGUUAAUUUAUUUACCAUAGCGCGCGCGCGCACACGGUACAAAUACGAUUUGAAUUUUGUGUACGUCUACGUCAUGCACAUUGUGAGAUUAAAUUAUUGCAUUAUUAUUCAAUUACGCGUGACGAGGGGACCGUAUUAUUAUUAUUAUUAUUAUUAUUUUUUUUUUUUUUAUGUUUACACAGAACAAGCGCACUCGCACGAGCACGUCGUGCAUUUCUGACCGAUCGGUCAUGUAGCCGAGACCGUCGUCCAUCCCUCCGGAGGUGGUCUCUUUUUUUUCUGUCACUAACGAGGUUACAAUUAUUUUACGAAAUACUGUUGUAUUGUAUUUUAGCAGCAUUGUGUUCCAUAGGGCGCACGGGGUGUUUUAUUUGUUUGUUUUUUUUUUUUUUUCAUUCCCAUCGUUCGGGGCGAACAAAAAUCCUGCGCGGAGAGCGACGACGACGUUUUAUUAUUAUUUUUUUUUUCAGUCCGGUAAUGUCGCUACAUCCGUGUAGAUCCCGUCGCGGGGGAAAAAAUUCUAUGAAACGAAAACAAUAACAAUUAAUGAGCGAAAUAAUCGCAACCCUAUAUCACCUCCUCGCGACCACGAAUUACCGGUGUACAGUUGUUAUUAUAAACUGAACAAAUAAUAUUAUGUUUAUUUACAAUAACUAAUUGUUGCCGAGUUGAAUUGCAAUAAGCGGACAAAACGAUAUUUGCUUAUAUGAAUGCUACCGCGACUAUACAAUAAAAGUAAAUUGUUUAACGGGCGCACAGAAGCCGAAGCACGAUUAAUAAUCGAACCGGGGACUCGUCUAGUCGGGUAUUCGACCUUGCCGAUUAUAACGACGAAUAAUUACAGAGUUUAGAAAAUAUUACUUUUUUUUUUUUUUCUUAUUCUAAUUAUUACUCAUUAUUCUUUUAUAAGUUUAUUUACAAUCUGCACUACGUAAUAUUAUGCACAUUGAGCAUCGAAGAGGUCGGUAGGCCUUCUUCCCUCGGGCUUCCAUUCGGCCGCUGCUCUAACUUGGCUCGUUUCCUCCUUACACGGUUCGAAAGUUCGGAAACGGGUCCUAAACACAUUGUUCUUAGCGCCUUGUUCUUAAAGGCUAUUCUCAACUUUUGUUUCUAGACGCACUGUUAACGGUCAUUUUUAUAUGAUGGCACAUAUUAUAGUUAACGUGUAUAGGGGUUUUACUGUAACCGUACAUUGGUGAUAAUAAAAGUUGAAAUAUUGAAAAAAAGCCUAAGUAUAAAUUGCGGCUCUGGCCGAAAACGGUUACGCCCAUAUGGUAAAAUACAGGGGAAUGGGGGGGAGGUGAAAAACCGCAUCAACGACCGGGGACACGAUAUUAUUAUGUCAUACGUAAAUAACUAUAUAAUUAUGAAUUAUACUUUAAUAUAACAUGGUUUAUCGUUUUUUCCCCUUAAAAAGAGAGCGUUAUUAUUUCGUCGUUGGCGCCGCCAUAAACAAUAAUAAUAGGUACGACUUUCCGCCCUCGUGCAACGAUAUAUUAUAUUGUAGUCAAGUCUGUCGCGUUUUACAAUAUAUGACGAAUCGACGACGCUAUCAAGAUCGAAAAAAAAAAAACGGGGACGCGUCACGAAAACAAGGUAAUUACAUCGCGCAAGCCUUAUUCGGUAGAGGGGUAGCUGCAGAGUGCACACAAUAAUAAUAAAUACAACACGGUCGUUGUUGUGGGAAAAGGGAGGAACACACUGUGCUGUAAGGUCCUCGCAGUGGGCCCGGCCGAGUACGACGACGACGCGAUCGUAUCGCGGCCUGUUACACGUGCUGCUACGCAACGUACAUAAUAUAAUUUUAUAUUAUGUUAUUACGAUGUGUCUCCGAGGAGCGAGUAUCGUAUCUGAUUGACGGGUUUUCGGGUAGGAUUUAUGGGAACGGGUUGAGAGGUGUCUGUAAUGGGGUUGGUUGUGCAGCAUUAAGGUACAACACGAGUAUAUUGUCAUGUGUCCGGAAGAACGUAGCAUGUAAAACAGCUAUAUUAAAUAUUAUAUACAAAAAGGAGUGGUGUAUAACAAAAAUAUAUCAUCGACGGCGGAUUAAAAAAAAAAAAAAGAAGAAAUUUCGAGACGCAUAUCGAUUGUCGUGCUCUUGUAUGCAGUAAAACCACUUCUAAAUACGUACAGAAGGCUGGGUCAGACUAACUCGGGCGAGUUUAGGUAAUAAUCGUCAAAUAAAAAUUAUUAUAUACCUUAAUGGUCAAAUGUGAAAAUGGCCUGAGGAAAUUUUGGUCAGAAGAAAAUAUGUUUAAUGUCUAUGGAAAAAAUUUCAGAUUUGGCUGUGAUAUUUUCCUUAAUAUUAUAGAGAAUUAAAUUAUUUUUCACUAUUGCCUACUGUGCAUUGAACAUAAUAUAUAGUGAUAAUAAUAAUGGUUAAAUCCAAAAUGAUCAUGAAAAAAAUUUUCAACUAUUUCAUCUAGCUAUUUUUGUAUUUUGGCCAUAAUUUUCUCAAAAUUUUUUGGUGGAUGGUCAUUUUUUAUUUGGCCAUUAUACUAUAUCGACUUUCAGCCUGGACCGCCAGUCCAUAAUUGUAGAACAGACCCCAUUGAUUGUACACAUAUAAAUUUAUUAAACCUUUGAUUUUUUCAACUCAAUUAUUAUAUUCACAGACUCAUAGUUGUAAUUAAAUUUAAACGUAUGUAAACCGAUAAAUUUCAAUAAUCGUUUCAAUAAAUGGCACAAUUUUGUUUUUACGAGCGUGAGCGUGAUGUGGUUUCUGUGUAUACCUAUGUAUAAAUAUAUAUAUAUAUAUAUAUAUAUAUAAAUAGAGAGAGAGAGAGAGAGAGAGUUUAUGGGUUAUAGAAUUUGUCCACCUACAAUCAUUGAGAUAAGAUAUGAUAUUGUAUUCGUGAGGGUACGAACAACCCCUCCUGAAAACUCGAGACGGAUUUGUGUGGAUGGAUACACGAACAAUAUAAAAUUAUACAUAAAGAUAGGUAUACCUAUAUUGCUGCAGGACACACAAGUAGACGCAAACGAUUCGUUUAAGAUAACCUUUUUCAUGAGUCUUUCUUAUCCAUAUCGAUAUAUAUUCUUUUGUUUUCGUAAAUUGGUUGGGAAUAUUUAUCGGUACGACUAAACGUUCCAACGGAUAAGGAACAAAUACAAUUUUCGUUGUUUUUUUUUUUUUCAUUCGGUUAGAUAUAAAAAUAUAAUAAAAAAAACGAAUCGAGAUAACCUAAAUAAUGAAGUUUUAUAGACGAUCUGUGUAUGGGGUGUAAGAUACAGAAUAAUAUGUAUUCUAUAUACUUAAUUGAAUUAUCGUUAGAUUUCAAUUCUCUAAUAAUAUAAUAUCUAAUCUCCCCGAGAAGAGUGGUAAUAAUGUACAUCACCAAAAUUGUUACAACACGUGUCGUUAAACUUGAAAAUUAUUAGCUAUGCAUUUUUAAUCGACCGACCUAUACAGAAAUAAUCUUAUAAUUAUAAGAUUAUUUAAUUUACAAUCGAGGACCUCGGUGCCGACGACCGUUAUUUUUAAUUUUUUGGAUAAUGCACUUUUCUGCGGUACAAUCUCAAAUGACAGUUUCUCUAAAUUACGAUGCAACAGCAGCCGAAUGAAUUCAAUACAAGAACCUAUAUUAUAAUAGGUAUGUAGUUUUCAAUAGAAAUUGAAGUCAUUUUGUUUUAGAAUAUUUCGGUACGACAAUCGGAUAAUAACAAUCAGCAGAUAAUUAAUAUUACGCUCCUAAUCAAAUUUCGGCGCGUCAAUCGGAUUGAUUCCAAAAAAUAACCGGAAUAAUUUCAAAAAGUGGAACUAUCUCAAGGUCUUCGCCUACUUCGUAUAUAAUAAAUACGGUAAACAUAAUAGUAUAUAUUAUGCCAUUAUAUAAGUUGUAGAAUACAGAUUAUUAUACUGAAAAAAGUAAUCGUAUCGCGCCCGAGAGGUCCCGAUAUUUAUUUACGUAUACUCGGUUUAUAGUAUAAUUAUUUAUAUAAAACGUCCAUUAAACGCAGAUGAUGUACGAGUCUCGUUUAGGUGUAAAAGAACCAGAAAAAAAAAAAAGAAAGAAAAAACGAAAUUAUAUUAUCGUGGUGUAAACAAUAUUAUCAUUUAAAUACUAUACACGAGUAAUAUGCCACCUCAACAUCUGUGACACGUAGAUUUUUAUUUCAAACACGUUAUUACACCAAGCAUUUCGGGAAUAAAAUGUGAUAAUUGCAAACCUUGGAGCAAUAAUAAUUACCGUGCGGAUAAUUCCACUUUUGGGAGCGAAAAUUGUUUAAUUUUUUCGGAUUUAUCCGACUGUUGCGCCGAAUUUCUAAAACAAUGUAUCUGAUUAUUGUUACACCUGAAUACAGAGAAUGACUGUUUCUUCUUUAAAUUAUGCGUGAAAUAUGCAUUUUCCAAAAAAAUAAAAAAAAGUGGAUUUAUCGUUGUUGUGCACCAAGGUCUUCAAUUAUCGCCCGAGACAAUUGUACCUAAUUUCCACGUCGCUCCGACCACGUAAUUAACUCGAGAUAAAAGUGUUCCGAUUUCCAAAAGAAAAUAUUACAUGCAUACUAUUACAACGUUUUGAACUUUUUGUGUAAACGAAUUAUACACGGUAAUAUAUUAAAGUUUGUGCAACGAUAUAUCGUCGGAAAUGGUUUUGUUUUCGAAAUUACCGUGAGUUCCGUGUAGUGGGAAUUAUUUGUCAACAAAACUCUGAAAUCCAAAAAAAAUCGUAACCUUUAAAACCCUGCUAUGUAAUCUGCACAACACCAAAAUACGUUUUUUUCUGAGGCGACUAUAUUCGGAGACGAUUACCUGUCGGCUUAAAACUCGCAAAAAUAACAUUUAAAUUUAAAAUAAUAAAUACGCGUGGAAAGAAAAAACAACUUAUAAAAUUCAUAAGAAACAAAACUUAUUUCUAGACGAAAAAAAAACAAAAUACCAAUCACUGCAAGUCACUAAACUCGAGUUAUUUCUCACCUAUUUUACAUUGUAGACAUAUUCAUUGCAAAACAAUACAGAUAACCGAAUACUACAUACUUAAAAAUCCAAUACUAAAAAAUAGUAAUUCCUCCCAAAAAAUGGUGAAAUCUAAGCAUGAAAAUGGCAAGGAUGAGGUUUAAAGUUAAAACCCUCUAUACUCUUACGUAUUGACUGAACAUACUGAUUUUCCACCAAUGUACAAUUUCAAGUCUUCAAGAGUAUCAUAAAAUAAUUGUAAAUCCGGGUUACCUAGUUGGAAAUAGCAAUGCUAGCGUAAAAAAAUAGAUAAAGAGCGUGGACCAACGGACAACUUAAGUUUUUUUUUUUGGGGGGGGGGGAGGGGGAUGGGUUAUGCGGCGGUGCCACGGUAUACCAAAAGAUUCAGAAUUCCGUAAAUGAGAGAACCUUUUACGUUCCGUCCGUUCAUCAUUUAGCGCCGUUUCCAGGACACGAAACGGCUCCGAUUCCCGAGUUUUAAUGGCUUUUCCGUGGUCACGGAUGCGACGGUCGGAACAGCGACCAGAAGUAGCGGGAAAAGUAGCGGACAAAUUAUCGUGUAAACCCGACACGCGCUGGCACGGUGCGCUGCACGGUCUCCGUUCUCGGGGUAAAUCCGACGAAAAAUUUGAUACGAAAAUAAAUGUCGAUCCGUAUUCCCCUCUCCUCCCCCACGCCUCGCGCGUAAAACGAAUACCGGACGGUUUCGCAGAGCCGCCGUCGCGUAUUGCACCCGCGUUCGCGCGCACACGCGGACGGUGUUGCGUAUUUUUGAAGCGUACCGCCGUACAGCACGCGUGCGAAAUCGAUUUCACGCAAUUUCACGCAGUCUCCGCGUUACGACAACAUCGCAGUUGCGUGCGGGCGGGUACAUUGUAACGACCGUACACAACGUCUACGCGAUUCGGGAAAGCGCGCGCCCACUGGCCACUGUAGUCGACGAUUACAGGCCGGUAGGCGACGGCGGCGUGCGACGGGAACGCGCGGUAAUACCGUCGGGCACAACCAAUCGCCGUCCGGGCCAGACAACGGACGCGCAGUAGCGGGCGAGGAAAAGUCCCGAACCGUAAUUUUCGCUUUUCGCUCGGCGUAAAUGCGCGGCGUUGCGCGCACACCCCGAUUCCUAAAACGCGCUCGUUGUCCCCGUGGACCGGACCACUUUUGUUCGACGAACGUACGGUUUCUGGUCGAUACAUUCGAUAAUACGUUGAAUCGAAAAACUAUUUUCAAACGAGAAACAGUUGAUCUGUUAUGGUCUACAAUUCUUCGGAAAAAAAAAAAAAAAAAAAACGAUCUCUGGAGUUUGUUCGUUUUAUUAAAUUUUAGUACAGUUGAAACGUAAAAUCGAUUUGAACCGUUCGUGGUGUGUGAAUUAUUGUUUACCGACGGGACGAAAACAGAGAGGAAAAAAAAAAAAAAACGAAAAUAUCGCCUCGUUUCCCCCGUCGCUCGCCACCGCAACGAUCGUCGGACUGGGAAUUAUUUUUAUAUACUCGGGGGAAAUAUAACUUUACCGUAAUAUGUCGUAAAAAAAAAAAAAAAAUAGUACACGGGUGCCCGUAUAUACAUUAUUAUCAUAACGAUAUUACGUCCGAUUAUAUUGUUAUUAUUAUUAUUAUUGGUCGGCGCAAAAGGGGGAAAAAAAAAAACGGGAAAAAACCUCGUAUAUAAUAUUAUAGUUUAUUCUCGUGUAAUGGGACCUCCCGAAAAAAAAAUAUACACAUAAAAACUACGGUUUAGGUGUACGCGUAUACGAUCGUAUUAUUUUUUUUUUUUUUUUUACGAUCGAAGAUCAUAAAAAAAAAAACCGCAGUUUACCGACGACGCGUCGCGACGCAACAGCAUAAUAUAUUAUUAACGUGUAUAUUAUUAUUAAGUGGUAGCGGAGAGUUUUGCGACGACCUCUAAUACUAUAUGUAUAUAUAUAUAUAUAUUGUUAUUACACCCGCAUGUGGGAUUUUGACGUAAAAACGAAAUUAAAAAAAAACAAACCCGAAAAACUUUCGGGCAGCACGGGCCACGCAACCGAUAUACGACGGCAAUAAAAUCGACAUGGGCCUAACAUAUACGUAAUAAUAAUAAUAAUAAUAAUAAUAAUAAUUAAACGGCGUACAAUAUAAUAUUAUUACGUUGUUCGCGAUCGCCGUCGUUUGAUUGUGGGUGGAAACGAUUAUCGCGUGAAAAAAUAAAAACGAUAAUUUUUUUUUUUUUUUAUGUUUUUCCGAAUCGCCGCCGCCGCCGACGACGACGACGACGCGGCUUAAUUAAAACCCAAUACGUUUUCGUUUGACCGCCGCGACCCACGCCGACGACGACGGCGAAAUCCAAUUCGUUUUCUUCACAUCGCUCGCAUAUAAAGGCGAAAAAAUAAUAAUAUAUACGAGCGUACGAUAAUUAUUAUUAUAUUAUUUAUACGCAAGACGUUCUACGGCGUUUUUUUACGCAGUAGACAACGACAAUAAUAACGAUUGUACAUUCGUGUUAUCGGAUCGGUAUUAAGCGGCUACGCGAGGCCUUAUCAAAGAAAUUUAGAAAAAAAACCGCGAAAAAUAAUAAAUAAUACGAUGAUAUUACGUUAUAUAAUAGUUGUAUCGCCGGAAUUUGCAAUUUGGGGAGGGGGGAGUGGAUAAGUUGAUUGAGCCGUGAGUGUCGGUGAGGUGUGUGUAGGGGAUUUGGUUUCCCCCCCCCAAAAAAAAAAAAACAAAAAAAUAAUAAUAAAUUAGAAAAGUGUUUUGGUCGAUUUCAAUGUAAUACUUAAAUCAAAUAUUGAUAAAAGAAAAAGCUUAAUUAUGAAAUGAGAAUAUAAUAUAUGUAUAUGUGAUGUCUUUGUAGAUAUUGUAAUUUAUAAUUAAGGUACAUACCCCCGACAGUUGCGUCAUCCUAGGAAAAUUUCGAGCAAAGGCAGUAAUCAUGUCAUUUUUCAUUAAUUAUUUUUAACGUGUUUUUCAUUUACAUCACCUGUGGCUAUUGAUUCUAUUCUCUGACGCAGUGCUCCUCAUCAAAUACGUCUCCAUACGGUUUAGAGUGGAAAACGUUCUUACGCGCGUGGAACAAACAACUGGAAACGUAGUUAACUCUCAAACAAGGCCUGCGGAGGGUUAUAUUUUCUCAUUAACCCGUCCCCCCCCCCGUAUAGACUACACCGCCGGCUACGGGGAGAAAAAACUCGACCGAUCCUACUGCCGUGUACCCGUUAUCGGUUUACCCAGCCUUCUUUCAGAAUCGUUUUUCGAUGGCAAUCGUCGAAAUACCGUUGCUCUGGGCGUUUAAAACUGAAUGUCCCAUAGUAUUAUUAUAAUACACGUAAAUACUAAUAUCCUGUACGUGCGCCCGACUACCGGUACCUGUACGGCCGAGCGGUGCGACAGUGAAGAUUUGUACUCAGUCACCCGCCGGCCCCGCUACGGGGCGCCCGCGACCGUUUUCGAAAUAUUACGAUAAUUUCGAAUAUUUAUUGAUAUUCGGAUACCGUUCCGUUUGUCAACGCGACGCGCAAUCGUCUCGCGUACUACCUAUGUAUAUUAUAUACCCGGGUACAAACGUCACAUCGCAUGUUAUACAAACAUAACCUUGCGUUGACUUAAAAAUAUAUUAUUUAUGAAUACCGAACGGUGCCAAGUGCUUAAAAUACAAUUUAGAGAAUAAAUACAAUAUAACAACACACGCCGCGUACGCGCACGUGUGCUGUACCUGUUAUAAAAAAAAAAAAUCUAGGCGCCCAUUAUGUAAACACCGUGCACACAAGCAAGCAGGCAAAAGCAACUGAAACGGUUACCCGUACACGUAAGUACAGUGCGCCCGAUAAUAUUAUUAUUAUUACUGAUACUAUAUUUUUAUGAUCGUGUAACCGUCCGCGUUCCGUGAAUACGAUGUACCGGCACGAUUACGUAUUGAAAUUUACGCAUUCGUUUGUCGAAAUGCGUUACGUUUGAAUUGUUAUUACCGUUAUGCGCGCGGCGCGGUCUUGUUAUGAAUAAACGCUUUUUUGUGAGGGGGGGAGGGGACCUUUCAGAAAAUGCAAACCGUUUCCCCCUUCCCUCCCCCCCGUGUGCGAUAACAUUGAAAUAAUAAGUCGAUACUGCUCAUAUGCAGAGACAGGCCUCCGCUAUAGAUUGAUCGUCGGGUCGGCGAGUUUGUAUGUGUGUGUGUGUGUGUGUGUGUGUGUGUGUGUGUGUGUACGUAAAUACAGGGCAACCUAAACUGGAUUAUUAGAUAAAUCGUUGUUAACGAAAAACGAUUCUGAACGGAGUUCAGUACACGUACAGUAUUAGCCGUGGAUUUUUCUUUCGCGAUGCCGAGGGAACCCGGAAAUCGAAAAAACUGUUUUUAAAUUUCGAUAAAUAUGUGUAUCAAAUAAAUUAUUCUAUAGCGUGAUCAGAAACACCGCAUAUAUUUCGAGGAACUGUAAAAACCGAACAUUUCUAUAAGCGACAAAAGUGUUUUCCGAGAAACACACGCACACAUCUUAUAGUUAAAACUAUAAUAACGUUUCUUCGCUAUUCUCAGAAUCCAAAAGUUAUUUGAAAAAAAAAAUAAUAGACUAACAAGUGGCGCGGGUAGGUACCAACCUACAGAACAAAAUGACUGUGACCCGUGUGCGUUUGCAAUGCAGCUCGCACGAGCUUGUAAGUAUUACGGCGUGUAACAUAAAUAGGUACAGAAACAAAAUCUGAUAUUAUCAUUUUUCAAUCGAUUAUACACCAGAUCCCGUCGUGAGCGUAAAUCGCGCCGCGGGCCUCCCGUGUAAUACGCGCGUUCAAGUGCCCGGCCGUUGUUGUUGCUGCUGCUGCUGCAGGACCGCUCCUCUAAUCGUUUUAAUGGUCGUUUUAUUAAACGCGCGCAAAGAGAUAACGUCUCGUCUCUCGUCUCCUCCCGACAUCGCGACGACGAGAGACACAAUAAUAAUAAUAAUAAUAAUAAUAAUAAUAACAAUAAUAAUAAUAAUUUAGUAUUAGGGCCGCCGCCGCCGUCGCGCGUAAAUAAUAACAAUAAUAAUUGAGAUAAAAGGGACCAGACGGAAGAAACCAAUCUGACCGAGGUCCCCGCCGCAGCACUUGAACAACGCGCGGACUCGAGUGCGGGACGUCUCGAUUCCGAAUAACAAAAAAAAAAAACGUUUUAUCGAUCGCAGUAGCUAUGAACGAACGCUGCUGUAUAGUAUUGUUAACAUUUUGUUUUAGGGAGUAGUCUGAGCGAAACGGGGAAUACGGCGAGCGUUGGUUUUUUAGCCCGGGGCCUAUUUAUUUAUUUUUUUUUGUACAUUUUUCGUGCAACGCGCUUUUCUUUCCGGACAAGCAGACACCCGUGCCAGAGUUCACGCUCCACACUCCUCCUCGCCUCGGCAUCAUCGUACUACAAACACUACCACACUGUCGUUAAACUUAAUCAAGCAGUAUCUCUUUUCAAUUUUCUCAAUAUCUAGAUAAAUAAUUGCCAAAUCAAUCGUUGUACACGUUACAAUUUUGGGUUGUUACGCGCAUUGGGUAUCGCAUAGCACGCGACAAUCGGCCCUAGGAUUACUACGAUGUGUACUUUUUGUUUUUUGUGUUGGGUCUGUCUAUUAAAAUACGGACAAAAACGUAGGAAAAAUCGGAAAGUUAUAACGGCAAUAACGAUUCCGUUUUUCUUUUGAUAUUUUAAUUUAUAAAUAUUAUUUUUGUUUCAGAAAACAAAAAAUGUUCGACCAUCCGCCGACGUUGCGAUUAUCGGCGACAAUCGUCCCGGUAACGCUGGUACUGCUGCUGUUAACCAAAGAAUUGUUAUGUCUGCCGGCGCAUUCGAAAACCAUAGUAUUAGAAGGUACGUAAACCGUUAAUAUUAUAAUAUAGGAUUACAAUAUAAUAAUAUCCAUUCAUUGAAUAAAACGCUGCAUCUGAACAGAUACAUAUGAAAUCGGAAAUCGACUCCCUUAAUUAUAAAGUGAAUUGAAAAUCCUCGAGCGGGGAACGCCGUAAUAAUAUUAGACGUAUGAUGUUUUUAAUGUGUCGCGAGCCCAUCGUAUACUAAAAUUAAAAUCGUUCUCUGAUGAGAAAAACGUACGAAUAUAGACUAUAAUAUAGGUACUCGUGCAUGAAUAAUAUAUUUGAGUAUUAUAAAAAUGAAUUCAUACGUCAGAAGAAGACGAGAAAAAGGGGUAUAUUAGUCACGGUAUGUUUUCUAAGGAAACGUGCGCACAUAUGUUUUUUUUAUACUUCAUAUGUACGAGUAUGAUUCAUUAAUGUCAUCAACAGUCAGAGAUACCGCGCGCCAUCGUCUCCCUGCAACAGACCUUUAUCGUGGCGUCUUAUAUUAUAUCAUAUCCAUAUUAUAAUAUCUGUCAGAUUAAUAUUACCAGUGGCUUGCGCAGGGUGUGGGAGAGGUAAGGGGUUAUGUUCAGUUAUUUGAAAAUACAAAAAAAAAAAAAAAAAAAUGAUUAAUAUUUAUUCGGUAAUUUAAUCUUGAAAUGUAUACAUUUCAACCGGAUUACAAAGAAAAACUUGAUCGACUACAAAUUGGCUUUUUAACAUCAGGCUUUCGAAAUGCCAAUAGUCGAGUUAGAGAAGAUUUUACGAUUUCUUUAUUAUUAUAAUGCGCAUAUUCCCCUCCCGUUCAGAACGCAAGGUCAUUUCACUGAACAUUACAAUCGACUCUCCUCUCAAUUAGUGGCAAUAUAGUGCAGUUUACAUUUUUCGAUAAUCCAAAACAAUCGGGGUACGCGAUGAAACGCAGUCUGCAGGGCCGGAGUAGAAAUCCCGGAUGAACGAAGAUAUUCUUAUGUUUCGAAAAAACUUUUCGCAAGAAUCACAGACGGCGUAUAUUAACAAAAAAACAUAAUACAUUUUACGCGUAACUAGCGCCGAUUCGCGUACUAUUCAUACAUAUAUAUGUAUAUAUUUAUUGGCAACGGUCCCUGCAGUUAUUAUCGUGCAGCGUUUUUUAUAUAUACAAUCUAAUAUGCGGUUUAAUAGACCGGAGUCGAGACAAAAACGAAAUUCCACUGCACGGAAAAUCGGAAGUCGGCCGUAAAAACAUAGUAAUACUUAUCAAGUCGAAUCGUCUCGUCUAGUGUAACGUGCAUACCGCAUAAAAAAUACUGAAGUAUACACGAUCGCGCGUUUAUGUUUCGUUAGAAAAUUUCGAUCCGUACGCGCCAAAGGUAAGUCGGCAAUGACCUUUGGAAUGCGUCCAGAAACGGGUGUUGUGCUGCGCGUAUGCGCAGGAAUUACGUGACCGUUUGGUUUUUUUUUUUUUUUUGUGCGACAACGUAUAACUCUGGUAUACACUUAACUCCUAUUUCGGAGAGGAUAUAUUAUUUUUGAUUUUAAAAAAUAAAAACCGUUUGAAGUUUAUACCAUUGGUAGACAAGAGUGAAGGCCACUGUUGUAGGCAAGUGAUUAAGAAGGUGUAUAGGACUGCAGUGUUUCUCAAUUGUUUUAAUGCUACCGCUUUUUUGAAGAUCAAACGAAUUUUCUACGUCCCCUAUGUAACGUGGAAAUCCCAUAAUUAUAUGUAUAGGAAAGAGAAGGAGGCAUCUAAAAUUUAAAUAAAAAAUUUAAAUAAAAAAUUUAAAUGACCAAUGAAAAAAUAUAAAUAGUACACUUUACAGUUGUCUUUAUUGAAGAUAAUUAAAAAUCAAAUGAAUAACCACAAAAGAACUAAAUUUCGUUUCAUAAAUGAAACAUGCAGAAUUUUCGCAUUUUAUGCAGAAACUCGCUUCUACCGUCCAAACAUACUUACUACCCCCCCCUACUGUCAAAAACGAGUUUACCGUCCCAUAAUAAUUCUCCAACGAGCUUCUGAGUAGUUUAUCGACCAUGUUGGGAAUCACUUGUAUGGAUACAGAAAAAUGUAUUUUAAAUAAACCAAUAUAAACGAAAAACGAUUCUGAGCGGAACAUACCAGUCAUGUUCUUUUCUCCUGUCACCGAACUCUUGAAGAGUUAAAAAAAUUUGAUCUAGGAGGAAAACUGUCGAAAACGCAUCAUUUAGGUAUUGGACAUUUUGAAAAGUUUUUCUACUUAUAUUGUCAAGCGAAUUAUCCGCACCAAUCAAAAUAAUAUGGCAUGAACAAUUUGAAGAAAUUUUACAUUGUUUUAUGAAAAAAAAAAACAACAUUCAUCUCCGUAAAACACGAACAGCUUUUUCGUUUGAAUCGGAAAAAAAAAAAAUGUUAAAACAUCCCAACCAAAGAAGUGAUAAUAUAUAAUUAUUAUUUCGCUUGGCGUUUAUGUUUUUAUACAUGUUUUAGAACAUAACGUGGUGCGUACUAAAUAAUCGAAAUCGACCUCGAACGAGCCUCGUUCUGGUAUUCGAAUGAUGCGAUUUGUUUUUUUUAUUUUUUUUCAUGUGCGUGUAGAUGACCUUUUCGCGGAGGGACUCGACUAGAAUUUUUUAAGGUGUAAACACGCGUGGCACGCAUCGGCUAGAGGUGACGGUUAAAAAUAUAAACUAAUAUAAUAUCGCCGGCAACGAGAAAAUUUCAAACGACUGCACGAUUUAUGUGAGCCAGUUUACUAUUUUUAAUGUGCAGUGGUACAACAAAUGUAUGAUUACAUAUAGGCAGUUAUAAUUACUAUUUUGUAUUUUAAUGAGUAUACCGAUCCGGCACAAGUUCCGAGUCUAAAUAAGGGGUAUUAAAUUAUUAUACCGCAUAGUAUAACUAUAUAACUAUAUUAUUUAAACACAAACACACACAUAUAUAUAUAUAUAUAUAUAUCUCGUAUAAUAAAAUAUACAAGUUUCCCUCGGUUUUUUUUUUUUCAAUUCCGUCACCUAAUAAUAUACUUUAUAAUUUUUACUUUAGUGUAACUUAAAAACAUUUACCGCGCGAGUAUACGAAUAAUACCGCCGUAAAAAAUGUUUAGAUAUUGAGUACCUGAACUUAAAAGCAAUACAACUAUCACAGGUUCCGAAAACCGUAGUUUUCGGAAAACCAAAAGAUCUGGAAAUGGCCAGGAUCGGGGUUUUCGUGUACAACGAGGAGAUCCAAAAUAGAUUUUUUUUUUUUUUUUUUAUACAAUUCAGACUGAGAACAUUUUUUUAUUUUAGCAGCACAAAUUUGGGCUUACACACAAAGAAAACUAAACUGUACAUACUGUAUAUUAACGACAAUAAUAAUUUAACUACCGCAUAGUUAACUCAACAUAUUAUACAACACUAUCAAUCAAUAUCAUAAUAGAGUAAAUCAAAUAUAAUAAAUUGACUCGCCGAGAAUAUAAUUUUAUUCUUUAAGAGUUUAUUCGGUUUCAACGAUCAAUAUUAUAUUAUAUAUUAUAUAUCAAUAUUAUAUCAAUAUAAUAUUAUAUUUAUGGUUUUCAAAUUUUAAAGUGCGCUUUUUUUUUCUCUCAGUCUAAUAUUAGAAGCCGUUUUUACACGUUUUUUAUUUGUUUUAGACGAGUCGAAUGUUUUAACAGCCAUAGAAGGCGAUCGUUUGAAAAUAAAAUGCGAUUAUUCGGACGCCGUUAAAAUUAACACGGCUCAAUGGUCAAAAGAAUCGGAAGACGACACGGUGUUUGAUCCGCCAAACAUUUUGACGAAAAAAUCGCAGUGGUAUAUCAUAAUAUUAUUCAAUACCUGACGAUAAAAUUGCAUACAUAUAUUCGUACCAUACUCAUCCGGUUUUUUUUUUUUUUUUUAUGGGAACGAUCGUAUUUUAUAGGUUGCAUUUCAAAAACGUAAAACAUUCGGAUCACGGGCGAUAUUCCUGUUUGCUCGGCGGUUCCACCGAUACCGGGACGUUCUCGAAAUGGCGCAAUUUCACGUUGAUCACGUACAAAAGGUCCGAAGCAGCCGCGAGCGGCAAACAGUUAAAAAUGACCGCGCCCCAGAGCCUUUCGCACCGCAAAGACGGAGUCAAACCGAAAUUCAUUAACAAACUGUUCAUGGACAACCACGUGGUGAUGCUGAUAGACGAUAGCCGAACACUGAGUUGCCCUGUCGAGAGUAAGUAUCCACAUAACAAAGCGCGUAUGCAAAUUUCAUAAUUAUAAUUUUCACGUACGACUUCUGAAGACUGGAACGCAUAAUAAAUUAUGAUUCGUGAAAAAUUCUUGAAAAAUAAUGUACCAAAUCUUGAAUUGCGAUUUUCAGUACAAGUCCCAUCUCGAGAUCUUUAAAUUUUUAUUUUUCCACUUUUCUUCGGUGCACACUACAGUGCCACACAUCGGUAUAUACGUAAAAUAAACCGAUAGUCUGUGACCGAGACGAGUCCCAUAUCUAUCUGGUUUCAAUAACGUUGGAAAACGUUUGACUUCCUGGAUUAAAUUUCGAAAAGAAAAUCUCAUCACAAUUAGCUAUGAGAUCUUUUGGGAAUCGUUUGAUAUAUAAUCUCAAUUUUGCGCAACUUCCCUUAUCAAAACGAAAAUAGUACGAUGAUUCAUUUUUUUUUUAAUGUUCUUUUGUGUUUACAAUUUUCAUUUGAGAAAUUCGGAAAUUCGAAAUUUUCUAUUCACUUACAUUAAUAUAUAGUUCAUACUUAAUAAUAUUACUGUUUACUGUAGGCAUGUCUCCGGUAGUGUUUUUAUGGUAUAAAAACGACGACGUGCUACUCUUCGAAGGCAGCGGAGAACACAAUUAUACGUUGAACAGAGUGAAAAUGUCGGAUACGGGAAAUUACACGUGCGUGGUGAAAAACGAUUUCGGUUCCGUGCAGCACAAGUUCAACGUCGAAAUUUUCGGUAAAACAAUAACAAAUAAUUCAAUUUAUAUCAAUAUAACUGGUACAUGUAAACUCGUGAAAAUUAUUAUUGUUAUUAUAUUUACCUAUUACCAUAAUUUGUUUAGCGGACCGAAAUAAAUUGCCAAUUUUGGUCGAAUACCCGCAAAAUCUGACGCUAAAACCGGGGGACACGGCAUGGUUCGCUUGCAAGACUUUCGACAUGCACCGCACGGAAAUCGAUUGGUAUUUUUUGAACGGCAGCAAUCCGCAGGAAAUUAAACCCGACGAUCUUCAACUGUACAAAAAGAUAAUCAACCACAACACAGUGAGUCCGAUAAAAAUAUUUAUUUUUUUGUUACUUUAACUUUUAAUUAUAAUAAUUAUAUGAAUAUCAGCUUCUUCUUCAACUUCUGGCGUUGCUGCUCUCCAAGAAUUUUGUUCGCCGUUACAAUAUCACGGCACCUGUCUCUAUAUAUACUUCCUCUCAAUUUAUUAUACAUACCCAACGGUCUUCUUUUAUGCCAUCUAUCUAUUUUUUGGGGAGGCCUUUUAAUUUUUUUUUUUUUCGUAAUAUCAUUAUGUUCCACAUGAAUACAGUCAAUUUUUUUUUUCAUUUUGUGUAUAGGUGAAAAUAUUUAAUGGCGUAUUAAUAUUAGAGAACAUAACAGCCGACGACGCCGGAUGGUACGCUUGUUAUAUAAACGGGACUAAAACUCGUAUAAUGACCGGGGCCAAAUUGAUCGUGGACAAAAGUAUGACGUGCACUGACGUUAACUGAUAACAUUAUAUUACAAUAUAUUAACUGCUGUAUUUCCAUUUUAGAUAUCGACGUCAAUGACCCGCAAGACUCGGGAGUCGACGUAGAAGACAGCGAGGUGAUUGAAAACCCGCGAAAAAUCGGAUAUUACAACGCGACGGAAAAUUCCACGAUCCCGAAAUUUGUGAAAUUCGAAAACAUGCACAAAUUUAUGGCAAAACCUGCGGGAAACAUGUUGAAAUUGAAAUGCGCGGCUGAAGGUAAAAAAAAUAAUAAUAAUAGCUAAAUUUUCAAAUAGUAAACGUAUAAAAUAUACGCGAAUUGUUGCGUUUUAGUUGCCUACGUGAUGAUAAGAUCAUUUUUUUCUUUCUUUUUAUAAUCGUGUAAAUACCUACGUAAUAAUUAUUUAUAGGUAACCCGUUACCAAACAUCACGUGGUACAAAGACGGAGUCACGCCGCUGCAACGGACGCUGGGAGUGGUUAGGUACACGAACUGGGCUAUAGUUUUGGAAGACCUGGUGACGACGGACUCCGGUAAUUACAUGUGCAAAGUGUGCAACGAAAACGGAUGUAUCGAUUUCACGUACAAAGUCGACAUAAUCGGUAAGUCCGGAGAUGAUUCAAAUAAUAUUAUUAGAAAACAUUUUUUUUUUUGUUUUUCUUAAGUCUUAUUUAUUACAAAACACUAACGAUAUGAUAAUCAUCUUCCCCUCCCCCUAUAAAAAAAAAAAAAAAAAAAAACAGAGAGAUUCCCGCAUAAGCCCUACAUAAAAGAAGGGCAACCGCAUAAUGUUACCGCGCUGGUUCACACCGACGUGUUGUUCGAGUGUACGCCGUUGGCCGACCUCGAGCCGUACAUGCAAUGGUAUUAUCACAACGCCAAUGUCGGCAACGUUCACAACGGAAAUCUAGAAAACGGCACCGUCAUACAGGUACAUUACGGAAUGGGCCCAAAAGGUUUUGUUUUUUUAUUUUUUUUCGGACACCGGUGAUGGCAUGCAAAUAUACCGCGGUGGUGAGGUGAAAUGUUCGCCGCGGAUGGCGAUUUUCGGGGCUUAUAAUUAUAUGUCUGCAGAAUGCGAUGCGCAUACUAUUAAUAUUUGUAUUUAUUUUAUGUGUUCUUGGGCAUAUGGAAGCUAUUUAUUGAUUAAAACCGAAACUAUAUAAUAAAUACAUUGCAUACGUUAUCUUAUGUGUUUUACCGUGUAUUUUUUUGUUUCAUAUCAUAUUCUAGAGCGUUUGCACCAUCGUCCGGUAUUUACAGAGGCUCCACAAAAUCUUACGUUGGUGUUAGGUGGUUCUGGGGCUUUGGCGUGCAAGGUGUUGUCGGAUUUGCAUCCAUACAUCCAAUGGUACACCGGAGAAAUACCGACGGUGGAGAAUGCCGACAAUUUAGAUAUUAAAAACUUAGAAAAAACCAUGGUGAAGGUCAAGGUACGCUUGGGCGAAACUGGAGCUUUUUAAAUCUAACACAGUGAUAUUACUAUUAUAUAAUAUAUGCUUAAACGAUAUUUUAACAUUUGGAUUUUUUCGCUUAAUACUAUUUCAUAAAUCGGGUCAAUUUAUGCGUGGUUAAUGGGAUAUGCAUGCACACGUGCACUGUAUCUACAAUAAUCCGAACGGUAUCUGACCGUGCAUUCGUCUCUAUUAUAUUACAGGACGCCGAUCUCCACGAAGGGUAUCCAGAAACCCUUCUAGUGUCCAAUGUCACGCAUUUGAACGAAGGUUGGUACACGUGCGUGGUCGGCAACAGUUUGGGCGUGAGCUUCGCUAGCGCUUAUCUGAAAGUCGUAGACGGUAAGUUGUGAACCAGAAUGGAAGGUCGAUUUUGAAUUUCGUGCUCAAUAUAAGCGUCGAUAAAUAUUGUUUCAGAGUUGGAAGAACCGGUGAAAAUUAAAGCUCUUCAAUUGCAAACAUAUCAAUUGGCCGCACUGGCAAUCGGUUUCGUACUAGUUAUAGCCGUGUGCGUUGUGAUGCUGGUGUGCAGUAAAAGGAAGCGAGAGAAACUAAAGGAAUUGGUAGCGAGAGAAUCGGCCAGAAACGCGAUGAUCACUCAAUGGACAAAAAAAAUUAUCAUCGAAAAACAGCAAAUGGCCGACGCAAGCGAACCUUUGGUAUGUAAAAAUAUACAAUUUAUAUACAACAUUAUAUUUAUUUUUUGUAUUAUUAUACACGUCCAAAUCACUAUUUUGUAGAUACAAAGAAUUUAUAAUAAAAAAAAAGCGUGUUUAACGGUUUUUUUUUUUAAAAAAUUAUUAUUUCAGUUAAUGCCCGUGGUAAAGAUUGAAAAACAAAAGAGUAAAUACACGAAAUUGGAUCAAACGUGUCUGUCCGAAUACGAGCUGCCUCUCGAUCCUUGUUGGGAAUUUUCGAGAGAAAACUUAUCGUUGGGCAAGACUCUCGGAGAAGGUGCUUUCGGUAAAGUUUUACGCGGCGAAGCCGACGGUAUUUUAUGCGAGAACGUAACCACCACAGUAGCAGUAAAAAUGUUAAAAGGUAAGUAAAUAAAUAACACUACUAGUGCUGUUGUUUUAUUUUUUUAAAUUUUAAAUACAUACCCAUUAUUUUAUACUUCAUUGGUAUGAUUAACAGACGGACACACCGAUACCGAAAUGAUGGACCUCGUAUCCGAAAUGGAAAUGAUGAAAAUGAUUGGCAAACAUGUGAACAUCAUAAACUUACUCGGAUGUUGUACCCAAGACGGGCCGUUAUACGUGUUGGUGGAAUUUGCUCUGCACGGCAAUCUCAGGGAUUUCCUGAGACAGCACAGGCCGUCGUCGGGCUACGAACCGGCCAUCGGGUCAAAUCUAAAGGACACUUUGACGCAAAAAGAUCUCGUCUCAUUUGCGUAUCAAGUCGCCAGAGGAAUGGAGUAUUUGGCGUCCAGAAAAGUGAGCACAAUCAUUUGUACAAUCAUAAGUAAAUGCACUGUGUUUACUCGUAUAAUAAUAUACUAUGAAUUAUAAUGUUGACGAAUGGCAAACAAAAAAACGUAUAUAAUUAAAAAAAAAAAAAAAUUACUUACUUGUAAACAAUUUUAUUAUAUUGGUACUCACUGUCGUUAUUUUGCAAUAUUACAGUGUAUUCAUAGAGAUUUGGCCGCGAGAAACGUAUUGGUAAGCGAAGACUUUAUAAUGAAAAUCGCGGACUUUGGUUUGGCCAGAGACAUUCAAAAUCAAGAAUACUACAGAAAAACUACCGACGGCAGAUUGCCCGUCAAGUGGAUGGCUCCGGAAGCUCUAUUCCAUAGAGUGUAUACGACUCAGUCCGACGUGUGAGUAACAAUUAAUUGAAUGACAACUGUGAAGAAAUAAAAAACCAAAAGUGUACAAAACACUCAUAACAAAAUGGGUAUAGAGCUGAUAAAUAUGUCGAAAUAGGAAAACUCUGCAUCAAUAAACUCGCAUAGAAACAUAAUAUAAAUUCACAUACCCACGUGUUCGAUUCAAUCCAUGAAAUAUUAUCAUUACCUAUAUUUAAAACGAAAUUCGGGAGGACGUUAUUCAAGCGCCGAAAACGAUUUGAAAGCCUAUUGACUGGGUACGGAAAUCGUCUGUAUUGCAUCAUAUACCGAUACUACAUCGUCGCCGUAAUGCCAAAAGUACCAAGCGACCUGCAAGCGAUUUAAAAAUUAAAAUUUGUUCAAAUUAAAAUUCUAUUCGAUUUGUAUUUCAAUCGAGAAUUACGUGUAGAAUGGUUACUAGACUAUUUCCGAUAUCACUUAUCGGACUCAUUUUUUUUUCUACACAAUACGUAGGGAUAAAAUAAACGAUUUAUAAAUGUGGUUUUACGCUUGAUCGCAUUUUGCACGUGGUCACUUCUGUCACGGCGACGACGAAGUAGGUAUUAUGGAAUCUAUACAAACGGACGAAAAACGAUUGGGCCCAAAACAAACAAAACACCCGAAGGACAUUCGGCCACUUCUUUCUGUGCGUGCGAAUCCGGGAAGACCGGCGAAUAACACAAUAGUAUAGGCACAGUCGAAAUAUCCGACAUAUUAUCAUGUAUGUGGCCACACUCCCGAAAUCCCGGUUAAAAAAACCAUUACCUUAAAUGCCUGAUCCGCCAUUUUCGUUGUCCCUCGUCGUAAUGGCGUAUGAUUGUUGUUUGUUCUACAGAUGGUCCUACGGUGUGCUGUUGUGGGAAAUCAUGACUCUGGGCGGUACGCCGUAUCCUUCCGUGCCCAACAUGGAACAGUUGUUCAACCUGCUGCAGAGCGGACACCGCAUGGAGAAACCGUCUUGCUGUUCGCUGGAAAUGUAAGCGCGCGAUUUUAAUUAAUAUUCGUUUAUUCGUAAACGCGCCCUUCCCGUGUAUUAUACACAAUUUUACGGAACUGCGAAAAUACAAUUGAAAUAGCGCAUUUUAACGUACGGAAUGAUGCGCGAGAGUCUCGUCGCGCUCUUCGCAGAGCCGGACUAAUGCGCAACGGAUUAGCGGACGACCGCCUCUGCGGGGGGGACCCUUAGUUAUACACUAACAAUUAGCAGCUUUACGACUUAUUAACAAAAAUGCGACGAGGACGGCCGUUACCAAGAACAUGCCAGCUUUCGGGUGAUCCGGAGCGUAGCGAGGGUUUUUCAUCGGUUUUACUAUUAUGCGUGUGAAUAAUUGUAUGUAUCCCAACUGCCCGACUACCCAUCAACAACCCGUUGUUGAUGGGUUAUACCCGUCUCCGAUAUUAACUUUUUCGAAGUUUUUAUUUUUCGUGCACGAGAGCAACUUUUCUACCAGCAAUCUAGCUCCGAAGUACCAAGCUCCUUGUCUGUAAGUUAAUUUUAUCGAGUUGGCGCGUUGGGGAGGUUUUUUUUAUUUUUUUUUUUUAUUUUCAAAGAGGUUUUUAAAACAGCCGGAAAAAAUAAAAAAAUACGAUUUUGAAAAUUUCUAAUUUUGAAAAUUUUUACAAAAAAAUAUUGCUCCGAUAACGCUCCGGUAACUUUAUGACAGCCCCACCGAAAUACCGUUCCCCGUAAAUUGCAUAAUAGAUACUUUUACCGUAAACGAAGCCAGUUUUACUCAUUCUGCGCGAGCAUUGUUUUUGCGCGCGGUUGCCCGGUAGUUGGACCGGGACAGCCGAUGCGGGUAUAACGCGUACGCUCGAGUUUUCGAACGGUCUCCCGCUCCCUUGCCCCCGUUCCCCCCCCCAUCUCCCCCCGGUAACCGAUCGGCCAUACUAAUAAAAAUCGUGUUACGACUUUGGCACGCCGCAGAUACAUGAUAAUGCGGGACUGUUGGAGUUACCAUCCGAACGAGAGGCCGAUGUUCGACGAGCUGGUGGAGAGCCUCGACCAGAUACUGUCGGUGACGGCCAACCAGGAGUACGUGGACUUCGGGCUGCCGCAGCUGGACACGCCGCCCACCAGCCAGGAGUCGUUCGACGAAAACGAUUUGGUCAACUUCGCCGUAUGAAGAACGCGCGUUACGGGCGCCCAUCCCGCAGCCUGCCCCGAUCGCCGUCGCGAUAACACACCUAACCUAAUCAUAGGCACCUACCUACUGUAAAACCGUACGGCGGUAUUUACAAAAUUUUCGUUUGUGUUUACGCGCGUCAUGUUAACGGCCGGAAAAAUAUUCCGGGGGCUGCGGGAACGCAACGGUUCCCGAAAGAAAUGCACAAAAAAAAAAAACGAAAAAACAAAUAUGCAAAUAUUACCGUACAUCCGUCGGGACACCUAAAUCCCCGAAAUAGCGUUGCGCGCCCGCGAGUUGUCGCGCGACUGCGCCAGUCAAGUUUCCGGUCGUCGAGAGGAUGUGGGCGCGAACAGAGGGACAACGGGAUCCCGUUCGGCGGGACCGAAUCGCUUUUCGGCGGUUUCGUCUCGAAAAACCGUAAAUUCCUAUUUAAUAAAGCGAGUCGAAUUUCUCGUUUGCGCCUACGCAGACCACCGGGGUCGAGUAGGUACCUAUUCAAUUUUGUAAAUAAAAACAACCGCCCAAAUUAUAAAUUAUUAUUGUUCUUUUUUUGUUGUACAGCUGAUAAUCGUAUCGCGUUGUUUGUAAAUAUAUUCAAAAGUUUCGUUAUUAUUAUUAUAAUAAAAUAGCUACCUACGAAAACGUUGUUCGAAACGUAAGUUUACAAGUCCAAGUACCUAUAUUAUGUAUUUAUUUAUCGUGAUUUACCUACGCGACAAUACGGCUUCCCUAUGAUAUUUAUAUUUUAUACUUAUGAACAAAAUACAACCGUCGAUUGAAAUCGACCGCGGCGAGUACGCCGGGACUGAAAACGGAGCGCUAUUAUAACAACAAUCCGGAAAGCGUGUGUCCGGUCUGCAGUUAGAUGUACGCCCGGGAGCUAAAAACAAAAAAAUAACCGUAGUCCGGUAAAUACUGUUACCAUAUCUUUUUUGGAUUCCGGCAGUCGUAUUGUUUCUCCGACAAUUUUUGUUCGUAAAACGAAAGUUUGGUGGUUUUCAGCACAUCAUCUCACACGCUGUAUUUUUUAAUCAUAAAAAAAAAAAAAAAAUAAUAAUAAUAAUAAUAAUAAUAAUAUUUAGAUAUAAGAGACGUCUAGUCAAAAGUGUUUUAUACCUAUAGUGUAAUAUUAUUUUAUCGAUCGCCCGAUGUUCAUUAUAUUUUGUACAUUCUAUUACAUAAUAAACAUUAUAAUUUAUUAUUAUUAUUUUAUCGAAGGAAAAAAUGUGAAAAUUAUAUCUGUUAAGCGUUAUUAAACAUAUUCUAUAAGGAUUUUUUUCAUUUUGUAUUGGUAUAAUAUCAUUAUCAUACAACAAAUACUUUUACCGUGUAAACAUUUUGUUGUAUUAUCUAAAAAUUACAGUCAUCAAAAACAAUAUACAUUACGGUAUACAAUUAUUACUUACCUACCUAUUUAUCAACCUGGUUUAUAAUUUAUGGCAGUAUGUCAUAGUUUGUUCUUUUCCGCAGGGACGAAACUCUCAUAAUUUUCAUGGAAUACUUCCAAACAACACUGGCAUUGUCUCAUCCAAUAAAUCCUAACAAUAUUUGAAAUUAAUAUAAUGUAUUAUUAUGCAGUACGCAGGUAGGUAGGUACCAAAUACUAAAAAAAAAAAAAAAAACAACAAAAGUGUUGAAGAUUAAUAAUAAUUAGAUAUUGCUGUUUAUGCAAACAAAAACUUCUUUUCAAAUAUUUGGUAUCUACUCAUCAAUAAAACAAUAUGAUUAGAAUAAAUUAUUCGUAUUCCAAAUAGGUGGACAAAUCAAUUUGUCUAUAUUCUUGACCUACGUAACAACCAUGUUGAAUGGUAAGUAUUUUAUUAGGUGGACAAGUCGGG